AUGAGUACCCAGGAGGACAGCAUCCAUGUUGAAUUUGCAAUAGCAAUGGCUGAAGCAUCGGCUCCACCUCUUUCCCCCUCUGAUUAUGGACUCUUGUCUCCGCCCCCUGACCUGUGUGCAUCUUGUGGCCACAGUCACCAGCUGGAGGAGAACCAUGAGUACCUUUACAAAGACGAAGUGGACGACGACCUGGUGUGUCACAUCUGUCUGCAGCCGCUCAUCCGGCCGCUGGACACGCCCUGUGGACACACCUACUGCCAAGAGUGUCUGACCAGCUUCCUACUGGAGAGUGACUUCUGUCCCGUGUGCCGUGCGCCCCUCAUGCUGCAGAGCUGCAGGAAACCUAGCCUGCUGGUGCACAAGCUGCUGGACAAACUGAUGGUGGCGUGCCCUUUCACCGAGCAUUGCACUGAGACUCUGCCUCGAGGUGAAAUGGAGGACCACAUCAAGAUCAGGUAGGUGACGGAAGCACAGUUAUUUUGUCAAAACAGUCAAAAGCAAAGUUACAACUCAGCAUGUUUGAUGGCUUUCAAACUCAUUUAAAGAACUUAAAGUCAGAGCCAAAUUUGAAGUGUGGGAUUAGCUUGACUUUGUGGCCUGCCUGAACUAACACUAAACCAAGAAAAAAAGGGAAUGAUCACAGAGAAUCAGGAUUCACGUAUGUUUGAUAUACAGUUUGAUGGCUGUAGGACCAAAACAGUGAAAAAACAUGCAACAUUUAACAUUUUUAAUCCUAUGAUAACUUUCAGUCUGAGGACUUGUUCACUUCUGCUGCUCCUGUUUUCAGUCAGCAGUCCUAUUACAAAAGCAAACAAGCAGAGCUUCUUUUUUUUAUUUCCCUAUCUCUGUUAUUUAACCAUGCUAUCUAAAUAAAACUUCAAUGACCCGCAGUAAACACACACUCAAGGUUUCCCACCCUCCUCUGCCCAUUAUCAUUAACAGCAGAGCACCCAGGCUUUUAUCUGCUCUCCGUCCAGCUCCUCUGCUCAUCAUUAAAACUCACUACUUUAGUUUCUCUCAGUCUGGGAGUGUUUUCAUUAAUGCUCAUUAACACUCUGCACACCCAGAGACCUCUGGGAUAAUUAGUGCACCUCGCCACACAUCUCACACAAGCUUGAGAGCAUUUCUUUUUCAUUUGCACUUUAAAAACCUUGAGAGGCACAAAACAAACUCAAAAACCUACAUUUCUGUCUCUGCGUGUUGUUUCCCACCACUUCCCACCCACACACGCAACCAUUUCCUCUGUUUUCUCCUCUUUUCACACCUUUUUUCUGCUCCAUCCACCCCUCCAUAUCUCCUGCCCAGUGCUCGGUUGAUUCCCAUUUCUCUCCUCAUGUGCUGUGAGUGUUAUAAUGAGGUGUGGAGCUCUUAGGCCGACUCCCUGAAGGGCUCAGCUGCUCUCCUGUAGUUAGAAGGUGUUAUCUGCAGAGGUGAGAGGCCAUGUCCAGAGGGAGGAAUCUACACACUGUGUGCAGGGAUGUGAGCGAGUUGGAGAGAGAUAUUGGUGAGAAACCAAUUUCAGCCUUUCUGUUCUGUUCAUUUAUUCUGCUCUGGUUCGGUGAGUUUGGCGUCUGUUGUGCAGCAGAGUAAAUAUGUCGCUUUUCAAAUACUCUUGUUCAAAACAGCUGUGAUUAUUGUUUGUAUAAACACAUAUGGUUGAGAAAUGACAGAAAGAAAAACAUCAAGUAUCCAUAUUCAGGUUUUGACCAGGCAAAAUUCAGCCACUGGAAUCUCUCAUUUAGCCCUUGCAAGAGAUUUAACAAGAACACCAACUGCAAUAAUAAGCUCUUAUUCGAGAUAACUAUAGUUCAUCAUGAAAAUGGAAACAGUGCAAUAACACUUUGGCCAAAGUAGUUUGCCAAUGCUAAAGUGCCAAAAACUGCAAUACCUUGAAUAACCACUUGAGGUGGGGUCCAAAAGUGAGUCAAUCCCAGUAGAGUUUAAGGUUAUGAUGUCAAACUUUACAGUAGGAUUAAACACGUUUACAGCCUUGUUAAAAAAAAAAAGUUUGAGCUGCUACCUGUUUGCCAAUACAAUGUUAUUCCAUUCACAGAAGUACGAAUGGCUCUGCCCUAUUUAUGCAAACAGUGUUGCCAGAUGGGAAAUACAGAAUUACUAUAUCAUUGUAUUUUUGGGAAAAUUGUCGUACACCCAUCAUAAUCAAAAUAACAGUCUUGCUGUUGCAUAAUAGUCCGAUAUACUCACUAUGUUUAGCAUCCUACAGGCACUCACAACUUUGUGGCUAAUCCCGAAUGAGCAUAAUUGACAGCCAAUCACGCUCGCUGUUAGAAGACAAACGUCACUCAAACUAUGACUGGAUGGAAACACCUCAUGGUUUAAGAUGCCUCUGGGGUUCGCAAAUAAAAAACUGAAGCAUAAAGUGUCUGGCAGACUGAGCCAGUCCAAUUGCAAUAAUAAUAAUAAUAAUAAUAAUAAUAAUAAUAUCAACAAACCAUUAAAAUGCUGGUAUCUUAAGUUUUUCAGUGGGGGAAAUUUGAACAUUAUUAAUUCCAAAGUUGACACAUAUUAGCAGUUAUCCUGUUUGUUUUGCCUGUUUUGUCAUCAUGAGCACAUAAUUAUUGCAUCAGCUUAUUGGUUAAUAGUUAUAUCUGCAGAAAUUUUUCGUAAUUGUCAAUACUGAUAAACUUGCCAAGACCAAUAUCAUGAUGGUUAUAUCAUACAUCCCAAGUUAGGAAGCCUGUUAAUUCCUUUUACUUGUAUUUGACAGUCAUUUUUAAAGGUUUGCACGAAGUAAGCAAAUAAAUAUAAAUACUCGUUCUAGUUUAGGAAACACAUAAUGCUGUUUGUAAGAGCAGUAACUCAGAGUUAACUUUUCGCUUCACGUGGAACUCUAACUUUGGUGACCUGGUUGAAACUCUUGCCUUGUUUGACCCAUCUGUCAUCCCGGCUGCCAUUCCAAGUGGACUUUAUUGGUCUUUCCACUCCAUCAACUGACUCCUCUUGUGCUGGGUGGCUCUCCAUUAUGCUGGUUACAUAAGAUUUAUUGUGCAUUACUUUGUUGUAAGUACCAACACUAAAAGAGUAGCCGUCUGAACAUUUUUAACUGAAACACACAGGGUCACCAUGUUAUUAAAAUAGUGGUAUGUCAGCCUGGAGGGGAAUCAAAACGAAUGUGUUUCUUCAUUCAAUAAAAGGCUUUUUGGAAGACCAGGAAGGCCAAACACUAUGAAGAAAGAGCUUCUGAAGAUGACUCAUAGUUGAGGGGAUUUGGUGACGGUUUCAGAAAGUUGAAGUCAGAGGAUUGUAAACAUUAAGUCUUGUCAAAUUUAAGACGCAUGCAGUUCUCAUGAUCAUUUUAAAGUACAUUAGUGGUAAAGGCGAUUUGUUCUAGUGUUGCCUCAAAUACGUAUAAUUUGCUUGACUUGUUUUUAUUUUAAGUUUUGUUAUGUCUCACCCCACAUGCACAACACACAUACAGCUUUUUCCUCUUUAUAUAUGCACAGCAAUGUCCCAUCUAUUGUUUGUCUUUGCUGUAUGUGUCUUAUCUCUGGAUGAUAUUCAUCAGCAGCCUGUUUUAUAAAGUCAUCCCAAUAACAAUCAAUGUUUUAUAAUGUUUCACUGGUAUCACCAGGCCCGGAUUAAACCUUCUGUGACCCCUGAGGCUAAGCAAACCUAAUGGCCCCCCUCUGUCCCGCGCGCGGAAAAAAUUGGCAGUUUUUAUUGGUCAUUUUGUGGAAAUUACUGCAGUUAUGGGUGGUUAUUUAAUGGUUCCACUAGCCACCACCUCUAGCCAAACCACUGGGUUAAUACAACUGUGUCUGAACUCAAUUCAACAAGAGGUAGUGAAAAAAGUCUUCAAGGAAAGCACAGAGGCUGGUGUACAGUUCACUUUUUUACUGUAGAAAACCUCAGGCAUUUUAAAUCAUAAGUAUAUAGCAAGCAUUAUAAAUAAAAGUGCAAGGCAUGAUAUGAAGGCCUGUUAUGGUUAUACAAUUUGUUUUGUUUAAAGGAUUGCUAUACUGAGAUUUGAGAAUUUUAUUAUUUUAUAUUUGUUAUACAUUUGUCUGCAUUUGUGUUUUGAUCUUUCUUUUCAUAUUCUGUAGGGACUGAUAAAUGUCAGAGGUUUUGACUUUCUAGGCACUUUUUCCUCUGUCCCAAUACAGCCUAAUCCUCCUCACACCGGGCGCAGCUCACCAGCAUCAUAGCGGCUUCUGCUCGGGCUGAGUGGCCCCCCAUAGCCAAACGCCCUGAGGCUUCAGCCUCACUAUGCCUCAUGGUUAAUCCGGCUCUGGGUAUCACAAUGACUGAUCUGGUUGUUGUCGAGGCAUGUUGAUGCAAUAUUUCGUAACGAUUUUGUGCAGGAUGUCAUUGGCAGCAUCAAUCUUCACAGAACUCUUGAAGGGCAGUGUGAAAAGGUUCAUUUUUAUUAUGAAACAUCACUCUCCAGUCUUUGCAUAAGCAGGAAAAAUAUUCUUAAGAACAGAGUCUGAGUGCAUAAGUGCUCAUAGUCUGUGGUCAUACUGAAUCUGGCAGAGGGUCAGGAGUGGUAAUGGCUGAGACAGCCAUGCCAUCUGGUCGGCUAAUUUCAUACUCAUCUAAUCAUUCAUAACCUUUAGUGACCUUUGCUUGGAGAAAUUGUCAUUCUGGACACAACUAGAGCAACACUUUCAGCAGUUUAUUCAGUUUUCUCUCCCUCGCUCUCUCUCUCUCUCUCUCUCUCUCUCUCUCUCUCUCUCCUCCAUCCUGUGAGGGCUUGCACAGAAUCCAUUUAGAAAGUUUCUCCCCACCCGCUCAGGUAUUUUCUCCUUUUAGCCAGGUAACGUGUACCUACAUGUGCACAUACUGCCUGUGAUGCAUAAAACAGGUUCUCUCUGCUCUCUCUCAGACUCUAGCUCUUAUAAUUUUUGUAUUACCCAGGCUAAUUUACCCAGAGCUCGGUGUGUGUUUUACUGAUAAUCUGCCUUAAGCAUGAUAGUGUUUCUUUUUUUUCUUUUAUGUGAGUCUUUUUCUUUAAGUAUAGCCCACAGACGAUUCUUCAAAGCUUGUGUGAAUAUUAAGCAAAGACAUUAAUAUUCAUGGCAGCUACUAUAGUUGUACACUGCAUGUUAGAAUAUGUCAGUGUGUAUGUGUUGCCUGUCUGUGUGUGUUUGCAGGAGUGUUAUAAACACUAUGAAGGAGAGAGUUGAGUUAAGGUCACCUUUCCUGACAGCCACAGUGACAUGCUAACAGCUAACCUGUUUUAAUAUCCACUUUAUACACAGCUCCAGAAUACCUCGUAUAUAUUAUGGGUGGAAUCUCCGAUCAUUCCUUUCAUUGAACCAAGCUCUGCAGGUUUAGGAGAGUCAAUCCAUGAUUUUAGGGUUAUUUAUUCCUUGUGUUUUCUGGGGUCGCUAUCUCCUUAAUCUUGUUAUGUACUCUUUGAAACCUGCAGCUCAUCCUCUCAUGUCCUAGCAGAAGAAUUUUCUUUAUAUCAAAUUCUUCUUUCAUUCUUUUACAAUUAAACCUAUAACAGCAGCACCUUAUCAAAUUUGAGUCUGAAGAUAAGACCGUAUCGAUCCCUAUGCCAUUAUAGAUUCUGCUUUGCGUUCCUUGCCAAUAAGUGGACCGAACACAAAUGCUUCCAUGAUCUUUUCUGCUCUGUUCAGACAGGUUAACCUGGCCUCUGUUUGGCCCUUACACAUCAGCUGAUUGCAGAUACAGUGUCUGAUUGGUUGACAGACAGAAACAAAGAGGCAGCCUCUAUUUUGACGAGAUAGCUGACAUCAGAAAUGAAACUGUUUACUAAAAUUAACACAUUGUGAUGUGAUAUGAGGGUCACAUUAAAUAUCAUUGUAAAGACAUUAAAUUAUGAGAAUUCUGAUUUGUUAAAUAAAUAAAUCUUACUGGAAAAAAAGAUGUAGUAAUGUAAUUUUAUUACAAGAAUGAAGUCUGAAGAAAUCAUAUUCUUUCAAGAACAAAGUUGUAGUUAAAUCAUCUAUUUAUGAGAAUAAAGUUCUGGCAAAGUUAUAUCAUGUUAGAAAAAUAAAGUUGUAGUAAAGUUAUUGUCUCAUGAGAAUUAAGUUAUAAGAAAAUCAAGUUGUAACACUGUAAGAAUAAAGUGAUAAGUUUUAAAUUACGGGGACCAAAAUGAGGAACAUGGAGCCUCUGGUGAAAUUGUCUCUAAAGUUUCCUCAGCACCCCAUUGUUAUAAGUAUCAGGACUCUGAGCAGAAAACUGAGACGUGGUUUCCCCCUCAAAAAUGGUGUUAUGAGGCUAAUCUUUGACUAAAUUAAAGAUGUCAUUAUCUCAACACAACAACUUUAUUCUCAUAAUAAAAUACUUCACUUCAACUUUAUUCUUGUAAAAAAAAAAUUUCUUUUAAAACCUGGAGAAUCUGAAGAAAACUCUUAAUACUCCAUAGUGAUACACAAAUCAUCACCUUUGUUUUUAGGUGAUUUAAUCUCAACAGUGGAUCUUUUCUGUAGGAUGGAAAAGCACCUGGAUGUUGCAGGAACUCUCAGAGUAUAUUAUUAGGAGGUUGCUGGUCUCACAAUGUGAGUGGAUUUCUCAAGAUCUGAUUUUAAGUUUUUUUUUUUUCUUUUUUUUUAAAUAAUGGAGGACACAACUGUGAAUAGAGCAGGAAUAGGAAAAGAGAGCAUGGGCUUUAGGUCUUCAUCGAAUAUUAAAAUAGCCUCUUGACACAUUUCAUGCUGGCGGUUGAAAACACAAAGUUGCGCUUUGAUUUCCAUAAGAAAACGCUCUAGAUCAUUUUAUUCCCAACCAUCAAAAUUUCAUGAAAAGAGUAACCAGUACUUGCUAGUGUUUGAUAAUAUUAUGGAUGUGUGAACUUUUUCUAUUUUCCUGCAAAUUUAGCUAAAUGAUCUCAGUUAAUAUUAAUAAUAGCAGCUUCUCUUGGGGACUUUUCUCCUUAUCUUGCUGUAGCAGAUGACCGAGCUAGAUCAGUUUAAGAUGUGAUCGCUUUCUCCAAACAGUUCAAGAAAGGAAAAAAUAAGAAAAAUAAAAUCAUAACAACACCCUUAGCAUAGCAUUUUGCCCACUCUUGCACUGAGUAAGUCUUAAGCAGUAACUGGAUGUUGUUUCUGUUCUCCCUGCAUGGUGUGGCCCUGUUGAUCAGAUCAUUUACAAGCGUCUGCCUCUCUGCCAGAUAUCACACCAUGGUACAAUCACACAGGUCCUUUGGUUUGUAGCUGUACUUUCUGUCUUGUUAAGUUGUUUUGUAAAAAUUCCAGGACCAAACUGUUUGUUGUAUUUUAUAAAAUUACCUUUCUGACUUCUCAUCAGUUUGAGAAAUUGGCUGUGAGUGGGACCUGAAAAGAAAUAAUGGGGUGUGUAUGUCGUGAUGUGAUGUUUUUUGGAGUGUGUGUUAAUGCGCUGAUGUUUGUAGGGACUCCUGUGGGGCAGACUGGGUUCUGUUCACAAACUGCAUCCUGUCACAAUCCAAUUACAUUUCCAUUUCCUGCGUGCCCUGUGGUCUUGUUUCUGUGCGUACUGUUCAAAUACUGCAAGAGGGCUCAGUAUGCACACAUGCAUGAACACACGCACACACACAGACAAAACCCUGCCUGUAACCACACCACCUCCACCCAUGAAAUAUUCAUUCAGACAGGGUAUUUACACCAGUUAAGUGUCUUUCUCCAGGGUAGCAGACAGCUCAGCACUGUGGAAAUAGGAUAAGAGGGGAGAAAGGUAAGCUGGAGACAAACGAGGAAAAGAGGAGAGUGUUGCAUGAUACCGAGUAAAAUUCAUAACCAAAAAACUAAAACUGACGUGACUUAAUUGGAAUGCAACAGACAAAAAGUGAACACCUGAGGGGGAAAGAGGAUGAAAUCUGACUUUUAAUGGGAGAAAAAAUGUCAGAACAACUGCCUCACUUUGCUUUCAAAGUUCCCUACCAUCCUCCACCUCUGUGUUUGUGUUUGGUUCAAAAGAAGUUGGAUAAAAAAAAGAGAAACACCUUAAACACGGGAGAAAGGCACAUUUAAAUGCUGUUAAGUGAGUCCUGAGUGGUCGCUGCCACCAGCCGUCACCUCACACCUUUCGCAGACAGCUGUAAGUGCUUCCCAUGAGCUCUGCACGGCCUAUCAGAGCAGGUGGCGAUGACAGACAAGGCUAUCCUCUGUUUGAACACGGCUGCAUGAAAUACUGCACACUGAUUGGUCAGUUUCUGCUGUUUUGGAACAGACCACCGCAAUAAAAGACAGACUUGUUGCUACAUGCACAAUUCUGGUUCAACCUGAGCUACAAGUGAAGUCUGAAGAAGUUUGGUAUAUGCAGCAUCAUCUUCAUCUUAACAAUGAAGAAAAUCCACAAAAACAUCAAGGACACAUUAAAGAAAGACUUUGCCAGCCAAAGCUGAGUGUCACUGACCAAUGCAUAGAAAUACAAUGUGUAAAAACCCACUGGACUUUCAGGAGAGUCAACUCUGCUGAAGUCACCUCCACAAGUGAGCUGUGGCUCUUAGCUAGCUGUGCUGACUUUGACUAGAGUUUAAGAAAGGAAAAGUCACACUAAGUAUUUAACUGAGUGCCUCCCACAUGCCUGUACAUCUUACUUUGAGUUUUGUGUUUGCAUGUUGUUGGAUUUGCAUGCAGUUGUUUUGGGUGUUUGCUGCAGACUUCAUUAUCACUGCAUUUGUUUUGGACUUUUUGAUAUUCUUUUGAAUUUUUUAUCAUCUCUGGACUUGCUGCGUGUUUCUCUUUGUGGGUCACUGGGACCACUGCAGAUCAGUUAACCUUACUAACCUCAAUAUUUUGUUCAGCAGAUCUGUUAAUCAACCACAUUCAUCUUUUCUUUAAAUGUCUAGUUCAACGUUACCACAGCUCAGGAAAAUAUUGUGCACUGACCAUCAAAACUUGUUGGUGCAUUCAGUGAUAGCUAUGAAACAUGGCUGGCCUAGACGCUUUGCAGAUUUGGUACUUUUACUUUAGCAAUUUAACAUCAAAGUUAGGCUUUAUUUGAUCCGUUUUGGUUAUUUAUUACUUGCUGCACUGUAAUGCUUUUUGUUGUUUAGAUGUAUUUGAUAAUACAUAAUAAUAAUCACUGUCUAUUUUAAUUCAUGUUGUUUUGUUCACAUGUUGUAUUUAGUACCCUUAGGUAAGGUCAAAUCAACUGUUUUAGUUGAUGUGUCAAUAAAGCCUUGAAUUGAGUUUAACACCGCUAUAGGUUCCAGUUUUUUCAACACAUUUUGUUCCUAUUCCAUUGUUUCAUGUUUUCUUUAAUGGCUUUAUCUGAUUGUAUUUGAAGUUGCACAUAUUUCUAUGUUCCACAUUCAUGUUGAUUAACACUGGACUCAAAUAUCAGAUAGAUUUAUUGUAUCCUAAUUGAUUCUGAUACAUUUUUGCACUAAAAGAGGAUAUCUGUAGAGGUAAUAGGAAAGUAAUUUAAAAUUGACGCAUGUUAUUUUCUGGAAACCAUGUGAUAAGAAGGGGAAUUGAACCACAGGUUGGCUAUUUCAAUAUGAAGAGAUCCUCUGAGAGAUGAGAUUCCUCAGUUAGACUUUUUAUUUCCUUGCAAUAAAACAGAGUUGUACUCUCUUUAUAUAACCUAUCUUCCUUUAUCUCGUUCUCUCUCUCUCCUCUUUACUCUUAAAUUAAACGAUGGUCUGAAUGACUGACUGCAUGAAUGAAACGUGCACUCCUCUGAAGCUUUAUUCCCUAUCUUCUUCUGCUUCUCUUUCCUUCUCUCUGCUGUCACUCAGAGGAAAUCGCUUCUGUCACAGCAGACCACAUAGAUUUGUCGGUGUGUUUUGGUCAUGCUCUGCCUCUUUUUUUUCUCUUUCCCACACAUGUAGGCAGAUUCUUUGGAGCGAUCGCACCAAUCUGCUGCACAGGGAGCAGUCCUUCACCGGAGAGGAGGGGUGAGGGUUUGGAGGGAGGCAACACAUUCUCCCCCUCCUCUCCUCUCCAUCCUCCCCUUCACGGACCAACAUAUGUGCAGGAGGGGGAGGUGAAUGCAGAGGUUGAAUGUGUGAGUGUGUGUGUAUAUGUGUGAGAGUUUACGUGUGUACGCGUGUGAGGAGGGUUCAGCCAAUCAGAGCAGCACCAGGUACCUCUCCCCCCUCUUGCCUUUGUUUGGUCUGCUCCAUCUCCCCCCUCAGUGGUUUCUGCUGCAGUAUAAGUCACAGCCUGCGCCGCUCGCUCUGACAUACACACGCGCGCACACGCACCUAACAGGGAGACAGACAUGCACACACACGCAUACGAGCGCAAAUCCUCUUACAACUCGCCAGUGCCCAGAGCAGAUUAAGAGGCUGCACAUCUCAAAUUGUAUUCCAAAUGUGCCACCUUUGCACGGGUCUUCUUCCUCUCCUUUUUGCACUUUCUCCUCUUUCUCCUGUGCCACAACCGGACUUCUCCUCUGCACCUGCUUCUGCUGCUGCUGCUUCCUCCUCCUCCUCCUCCUCCGCUCCGUCUUCAACCUCUGGCAACCGGCCCGUUUGCCUCUGCAGCUGAGAUGACCAGGCAGCCAGCCUGAGGCAGAGGAGGAACCGGCCCGGCUCACAGACACAGAGCUAUAGUGAGAGGGAGAGGGAGGAAAGAAAGACAGAAAGAAAGAGGUUGAAAAGGUAGGGAGAGAAGGAUUAUUUCUGUUUGAGAGUGCCUCUGGAGGAAGAAGAAAGGAGGGGGGGUCAGCACGGCCAGGUUCGGAGAAUUGGAGGUGGUGGUGGUGGAGGAGGAGGGGGAGGAGGGGGGAAUAGAAGAGGAGACAGCUUCAGCGAUUAGAGGAGAGAAGAAGGAGAGGAAAAGAGGAGCAGAGUGUUGACCAUGAAGGCUCUGUUGCUGCUGGUCCUGCCCUGGCUCAGCCCGGCCAACUACACUGACAAUUUGGGCAACCUGCACAUCCUCUACUCUGAGCUGUGAGUACAACAACAGUCAGCAUCCUCCUGCAUCCUCCCUCCAGCAUCCCCCCCUAUCAUCAUCUCUCCCCCUCCAUCAUCCCCCCCCUCUAUCAGCUGUCCAUCUCACCCUGUUAUUGUGCACCUCUGUCACUCUGACCAGCCGUUGAUUCGUGUGUUUGUGUUCAUGCAAAACUUCCAGUGUUUACAUCUUUAUCCUCACCUCUCUGGUGAGGACAUCAGUCAUUGAUCGUCAUCUCCUGUUUGUUGGUCUCAGUCGGUUGAGCUUUGUGCUGUUCAGGACAGUUUGGACACUCCAGCACUGCAGCAUGGCAUCUCUCUCUCUCUCUCUCUCGCUCCCUCUCUCUCUUUUUCUCUCCUCCUCCAGCAGCAUGUGCGAGUGUGUCCGUUAUUGAUUUGAGUGAAAUGUCAGCAUGCUUUUGCUCACAGUUGUAGGGUUUUUUUACGCUGUGUGUGUUUUUGUUUGUGGUCCUGCUGAGUAUAUAUGGCUGGCUGUAACUACAGUGUGUUUGUUGUGGACUUUCACCUCAGCAUUAAACAUUUAUGGCUGGCUCCUCUUGCAUGGCAUCUGUUUACUAAAGGCUGAAAGAUCCUUAAUGUGCACACACAACCAUAAAAUAACACAUAAACAAAAUACAAACACACCUGUUGGUGCACACUCGCCAAACGGUUUCUUGUUUUUCAUCAUCAUUUCAUCAAUAUUUCAUCAGUGGUCCCAACAGCGUAAACAGACAGAUAAACAGCACCUUUCUGUUGAUUUUUGUUGAAAAUGGUGAUAAAUAUGAUUGCCCCAGCUCCACAAGGCUCAAAUGACAUUUCUUUCUUGUCUGUUUUGCACAUUUAUAUCGUUUUGCAUCAUUAACAUCAGAAAAAAGCAGCAAAUAUUAAGAUAUAUGGAGCUUAAAGUUGAGCAUUUUCUUGAAAAAAUGACUUGAAUGUGAGUGGGUUUGUCGUCAGGACGUGGAGUAAUUGACUGAUCAUUCGCUCAGAAGAAAAAGCAGCAGCCACACUCCAGUCUACGUCACACUCUCCCGUUCUUGGCUCUCCUCCUCUGAAUGUUGUUCUCCGCUCUGUAUUGGCCCUCUGACUCUCUUUGUGUGGGAAGUUAAUGUUGGCUAUAUUCAGCAGCUCCGUGUGAAGCCAGAGCUCUCUGAUCCCCGAGCUGAGCUAUACGCUGCGCUCUCCAGCCUGCCGGAAAUGUCCCAUUAUACUGCAUGAAUACAUGGAACAAUAGAGCACCCUGCAAAUCCCUCAUUUCAUUGUAUGCCCUCUCACUGAGCAGAGCUUUGGCUCCUGCAGACACCAACAGCCCAUAUUGCACGGCAGCGGUGGAUGCCAAUGAAGAGAGGAGAAAGCGGGAAGAAGGGCAAAGUAGGCAGAUUGGUUGGAAGAAGAAAAGCAUGAGAAAAGAAAUCCAAUAUACAGGAAGAAUAGAGGAAGGAGGAGAAGGCAAUAAGGAUGAAAAUGGAGUGGACAGAGGUUCAGCAGAGAGAAGAGGAGAGGGGAGAUGAGAGGAGACAGGAGGGUGUAAGGUCACAUCCUGAGCCUGCUGUCCAUAUGGCCGAGACCAUAGACUGUAUACAUAAUGGACACCAUGAGGUCGCUUGGCAGUGUGUUAACUACCUUUUGAAGCCUCUAAUUCAGCACACAGGCUACUGAUUAUAUCUUUGCUUUUGAGGCAGAACUGGUCGUGUUUGGAUGAGAGGGUGGAGCUGGAAAGGAGGAAUGGGUUAGCGAUGGGUUUUCACGCCCAAAGCUGAGACGUUUUUGCUGCAACAAAUUAGUAGAGUAAACAUCAAGUUUCUAACAGAAUGAGAGUUUAUUUGUGGUAGAAGCUGAGCAGAGUUGUUUGAUUGGGUUAAAGACAGUAAGAAUUGUAUUCUAGCAUACGGAACUUUUACUCUCCUGGAUCCCGAAAAAUCUGAUUGGAGAACUCACAAAAUCCCAGAAUCAGGGACAGAUAUUGAUAUUCAGAAUGUGCAUAUUCAUUUGACUUAACAAUAACAAGUUGUCACCUACAUUUCCUGUUUUUGUCAGCGUAAGCCCCAAAAUAGUGGUCAUGUGCUGUGUCCAAGCUGUAGUGCUUCCAUUAUGCUCUAUUACCCAGAUGUAAGUAAGAAUCAUUGACAGAUGGCAUUUUGUUGUGUGGCUCAGUUUUGAUCUAUAAAACGGAGAUAAAGUUCUAUAUAGGCUGUGUUUGUUUAUACUGGGAUAUCACCCAGCAGACCACUAUGACAUUAUUUACCUGCAAUGAUUCAGUGUAAUGCCACAAAACAUGCUCAAUUCGUCGCAUUUUGGAUGUUUGUUUACUCCUAAAACAAAUGUGAAUAAAUGUACAGUAAAACAAAGACGAACACAAUAAGUGAUGAACGUGCUACGGACAUGCCUUUCCCUAACUUGACUGAGAGUGUUGUUCAAAAACUUUCUACAAAUACUGCAAUAAUGUUACCAUAAUCAUUUAAGUCUGCAAUGAUUGUGAGGCAAAUCAUGUUGAAUACACUCAACAGAACUUUAUUUGCGAUUUUCUAAGACGUUUUGACGUGUUUGUAUCUGCUGUGAAGUUGGAUGUUUUAACAUGAAGUUUGUAAGGGAUUGACUCACUUUGGAGUCAGCCUCUAGAGGACACCUGAAGAACUGCAGUUUGAGGAACUUGUUUGUUUUGGUCAUAGGAACUUUGUUGCCUGUGCCAGAGGUUGAUGGCAUCGAAUAAGCCCAGUUUUAGGAGUCGUUUACAGUAUUUGAUCGAGUCUUCUCAGAGCGAGGUGCAUGGACAGUCAGGCAGACUGAGUGUGUCUGCGAGUGUUUUUCCGUUGCUGUGACAGUGAGCUUUCUGCUGAUUAUGACAUGACGGAGAGAAAAACCAGGAGCAGACAUCUCGGACGUGGUGUUUUUCUGCCUGGCUGGAGAGCAGUGGCACGCCAUUUAUCUUUAUCCAUACUGUUGACAGGAGCUGCCUUCAACUCCCCCCGUGUGACCACUGCACAUUUAUCCUGUUUCCUCUCUUCACUCAUGCUUCUCCCUCCUCUCUUUCUGUCCUGAUUUGUUUCAAUUUCAAUGAUUACCACAGUGCGGUUUUAUUGCGUGGGAAAAGUGAGAGUGGUUGCAAUCCGUCUUACUCGCACAUAAAUGUGCGUGCAGAGGCUUGUAUACAGAAUAUAUUGGCUAACAAUGCACAGGGAGAGUAAAUGUUUCUCUGUGAUGAAAUGUAAUCCAGUUACUGCUGUUUUACUUUGUCAGCAGCAGCCAAUAAAAACAGCACAGACGCACACAGGAGAGUCUCUAGAUUGUGAUUUCCUCACUUCUUACUCCACACACACACACACACACACACACAGACACACACACACACACACACACACACACACAGACACACACACACACACACACAAAUUAGACUUUGCAUCCUCCCUCCUCGUCCACUCAGCCUCCCCUGGUAAUAACAGAGCUCUGCUGUAGAGCAUUAAUGAUUAAUCUGUGUUCAUUUCUCGGCCUGAGUUGAGAUUUCUGAAACACUAUCAUUAGCUUAGCUUCCCUCCUUCACAGUCCUCAUCUUUAAGGUGUUUGAUCAACACGCUCUUCGGACGUCUUCUGUAUGGACACUUUCUAACAGGAUUAAACCCUCUCCACUGCCAUGCGCUCGCAUUAUCUGAACAAUACAAGUCAUUUUUUUUAAAGCCCAGGCCAUCUCGAGUCAAACGCAGGGCUCUUUUUGGCCGUUUAGCUGCUUCAAGUGCGGGGCACGCUUUGCUAAUUAGACUUUUGUUUGGAUUAAAUAUUAAUCCAUGAUCUGUAGUCAGGCAGCUCUCCCUGUCUCACCAUAUCUAGCAGACCAGAAAUACACUAAAGGCCGAGGGGAGAUGAGCUGAGAGAUAAAAAUCAGGCUACUUCUUACCCUUGACAACUUUUACAGCUCUCUGAAAAGAGAUAACACUAAAUCAGCUUAAUUAUUUUUCUUUGCACGGGGUGUGACGAACGAAGCAGAUUCAGCGAGUCAGCUGUGGGAGCAUUUAUAUGCAUGGGUAGACAAAGUGUACAGCAGAGCGCACUGCACACACAAUCACACAUGUACUGCAAGGACACAUGUAGAGGACAUGCUGAAGUUGUUCCCAAACAAACAGGGGAAAGCAUUAACUCAUAUCACACAUGACACUUCACAUGAAACAAACCUGCAUGAAAAUAAACACACACAUAAACAAACACACACACACACACUUAGCUGUAACUGAGGUUUGCACCAUGCAUGUGUAAAUACACAGCCACAAAAGAGCAGAUGCAUUAUGUAUGUUCUGAUUUAUUCAUGAAGAAGUGAGAAGCAGGUCAGUGUGUUUACUUCACAGAGACUUUCUGUCAGAUACGUCUCUGCUGGUGCAGAAACUGCAGCUAGGUGCGCGGGUAUUAGUGUCAGUAUGCAGAGAGGGUUUAAAGACGGGAUUUAAAUUCAUGCCCUCAGUGAAAAGCAUUUGACCUAAAUAAAUGGAGGGUUAUGUAGUGAAACAGCUGAUCAUAAUACUUUUUUAGUUAGUUAAACCUUUCUAGACUGUUUCUUUGUGGAAAAUUAGGCAAAAGUGAUUAAAACAAACGCCUCUUUUGCUUGUGUAUUUUCUGUUAUUUUUGGGUCCUUUUGCUGAAGAAAAAUAGUAAAAUGCAAAGAGUAGAGAGUGAAGGAUGACUAACAGCAAAUGUUUUAUUCCAAUUACCUCAAAAGUCAAAGGCAAAGCGGUGAACGACAAAGGCACGUCUGAGUAAAUUGUGUCUUAGUAAGAGUUGUUAACAUGGAGGAAAGUUGUUUUGCUGAUUGAUUUGAUUAUAUCUAAUGAGACCAAGUUGCUGACAAACACUAUUAAAAGUAUAGCUUUUCGAUCGUUGAUACUAAGGGCAACCAUCUUGGAUUUUAAACUCAGGGUUACUGAAGCUUCUCUGAACCAAGAGAGGAAACACAACUCCACUUCUCCAUUCUUUAAAAGCUCAGAAAGAUGUUUGUCCAACAAAGUGCACCAAGAAAAUAAAAUGUGCUACAAUAUUAAGAUUAGGGCUGCAACUAACGACUAUUAUGAUAGUCGACUAGUCACUGACUAUUGAAACAAUUAGUUGACUGAUCGGAUAGUUACGUGCCUUCUCCUCAAAUAGUUGUUCAUCACCGGUGUGCUGCCAUGAUACGCAAGGUCUGCUUUGCAAACCUUGCAAGUUUUUUUUUUUUUUUCCAAACUUUGGAGGUACUCGUAGCUGCUGUAUGGGAUGCCAGCGCCGCCAUGUUUGAAUACCUUACCGCUCGGCGGAGACGCUGUUGCACAUGUGUGUCCUAGGCAAGGAUUGUAAUGAAGCAGGAUGCCUCACUCCACUAGAAAAAAACACGUCCGGCGACAAUAGUCGGCUACUUCUUACUCUUAAACGGAAUUUAUUGUCUACUUUUUUUCAUUAUCCAUUUUUGUCAACGUCAACUAAUUGUUGCAGCCCUAAUUAAGAUAUAAAGAGAGUCACUGCCAAGCUUUGACAACAAAGGCUGCAGAACAGAUAAGUCCUGCUUGCAGCUAGAAUAAUAGUCAGUCAUAGUUGAACUAUCUGAUUUCAAAGAGGGUCAUUGCCGCUCUUCAGCACAUAACCUUGUUCUCAGCAUCAGCUGUUUUUGUCACUGUGCUCAUGGCGACCUCAGAAAGGUCAAUUUUGACCCGAAGUAUGACCCAAAGAUGUACAGCUACUGCUGUCAGGACACAACUUCCAACCAUUGUUCUUUUUUUUUUUUUAAAUGUCCUUCAGUACAAGCAAAUACUAAACGUACAGAGCACUUUUAAAAAGGCCUGGUGGCCCAGUUAAUGUGAGGAAACUUCUGCAACAUCUCAACAGUCUGGGCUUGUGAGAUGUACAGUUUAUAUGGAACCACAGUUUCAAUUUAUGACUCAGUACUAGUAGAAAUUAAAGUAUAGUCAUGCUUGCUUCUACAAAAAUCUUUCAGUUUGCAUUAAAAUACUGCAAACAGAGCUUUUCACUGAGUCCUCUCCUCUCUUUAAACCAAAACACAAGUCAUAAAAACGGGUAAAGAUGCAAAUUAAAGCACUUUAUCAUUAAAGCCAGCAUUCCUUUACCUUUAAAACAUAUACAGGGCAUUGUGGGAGUUUACUACAAACUUUAACUAAGCCUUUUUCUGGGUUUGUUUCCUUCAGUGUUCAUUUUUCAUGAGGCUUUUAUCGAAGCCAAAUUAUCAGCAGAGUUCUCUUCUACAAAAUAAAUGGGCCAAGUAAUUAAAAUCAGUAGGGAAAAAAGAAAAUAAAAAAAACAAUAAAGCAGAUCCAUAUUAAAAUCAGUGUCUCGCUGAUGCUCCUCUGCCAGCACAGGAUGUGAGGAGGGGCUGUGAGUGGAUAGCUUGUUUUUGGGUCAGGAUUCCUUUUAUUUUCAACAUUUAUGAGCUCUGAAAUAAGAGCUAUCAUCUCAACAGAGUUCUCCUCCCUUUAAAGAGCAAAUGGACUCCCUAAUCAAAACAAGGGAGACUCCUAUAAAACACAACAUCAGUUUCUCGCACUACUUUGAAAACAGACACUGGAGGUCGAACAGAGAAGCUGCAGGCUUAGCUGCAAUAGUUAACUGUUUUUGAGUCACUUUUUUUCAUAUUCCUGGAGGAUAUUGGGGGUCGACUUUCAUUUCCCUUUCAUGCCCCUUUUCCAUCACUCAUUUUUCCUGACAGAAACACUCGUUUUUAUCUCGCUUGCAGCAGAAAACAGGCAUGUUCUCCUGAACAAAGCAAUUUAUCCUUUCCAAGCCAAACAAGUUUGAAUGCGAUCUGAUUGGGAUUGCCUGGCUCUAUUUAAAAGUAUGAUUUAUUUGUGUCCGCAGUGCAGACCUCCUUCUAAAUCACUCCCACUGUGUGCCCUACACCCUUGGCUGUAUCACUAAGGAUGUGCGUAUUGUGGAAAUAGAUGUCUGCUAACCUUUGCCUCAGGCCGGCUCCCUGUCUGGUCGGUGUUUAUGGUCUUUAAAGCCUGACAUGUUUAACAUGGAGCAUUUUCGACGGUCUCCUGUCUGCAGCCGGCUAAUCUGCAGGAGGGGUCCCGUACGAGCAUCCUGCAGAGCGGAGAGGAGAGCAGCGUGGAGUUAAUCUCUUACACGAACGGUAUCCUGCUGAGCGGCAGGGUGUGGGGAGGGCUGAUCAGCGCUGGCGGAGAGUCAGGCGGUUGUACCAUGGCACGUGAAGGUGGGGAAAACAGGACACUGCCAAGGGCUAGUGUGGCACAGAAUGAGAAAUAUAGGCUAAAGGGUGCCAAGAGCAAUAUGGGACAGCGGCCUGGUGGGGAUUCUCUGUGAUUGUGUGGAGAGAGUUACUGUGCGACUCAGUUCAGAGAGAGGAAGGUGCACAUAAUAUUUCAGUGAAUGGCUGGAAAGCUUUCUCUGCAGGGGUGGACAUAUGUGAGAAGAGGUAGUAAAGGCAGAGCCAGCUCAGCCGGAGAGCAGAGGAUAAAUCAAUUCUACUACUUCCUGCACUCUUCUUCUCUGUUGACAAAACAGCAAGGUUGCUCUGCAGGUUGAAACCAGAUGCGGACGCAAUAAAAAGCUGCACAAAUGUCCUUCCAGCCUGAUCAUGAGGUCAGACCCGGACUGAUGAUCGUGUGUAUUGAUUGGCUGAAAAAGCAUGACUCAGAGUUUGGGCUGCACCUAACAGGCUGACUCGCCUGGCAGGCCUCCGCACUCGUAAACACAGAAACAGGAGUAGCCAAACCUGCCCGGCCACUGCUGGGAGGCUGCACGGGAGCUCAGCAGAAACCUGAACACAAAGCGAGGAUUAAUGCUCUGCGUGGGCUGCGGCGCACACUCACUUUCAUUUUUUGGUUGCAUUCAUCUUCAUAUCCUGUGAGGAGUCGCACCCAGCCAAACCUCGCCUCCUGCUUCGUCUGUGUUUGGAAACAAGCUCAGAGGAAAUAUCCUCCCAGCUGAGACCAACCCCCCCCGGCUGUGGUCUCACCCCCCUCCUCUCCUCUGGCAGCAGAUGGGAUUACCCCUCACAGCAGGCGGAUCCAAUCAACACACCAGCCCAUCCUCUGAUUAACACUCCUCUAGUUCAUCAUUAACUGGAUUACUCUGUCCAUCUUUACGCUGCUCUUCUCCCUCUGUCUAUGAAUCUACCUAUCAUCUACCCAUCCCCCUACAAUCAAACUUUACUUUAUGUGUUUGGCAUGUGGCUGCAGUGUGUGAUAAAAAAGUAACUGAUUGAUACUAAUCACACUGGAAGGAAACACUUAAUACAAGCCUUUUGUGCAUCUUUGUGCAAUGCGAGUUUCAGUGUCAGCACAGUUGUACUCCAAGAAUUUCUAAAGGGGUUUUAUUCAAUAUCUUUUUAUGUUUUAAUGAGUUAAAGUCUAAAAAAAAGUCCUGGCUUUAAUCCAUUGAAUUCACUUCAGCCAGCAGCUGCAAAAUUGGCUGCAAUGGCAGCAUCAUGCUCCAUUGAGGGAGAUGUUCCUGAUUGAAGUGCAUCCACUUUAAGAGCUUGUUUUGCCAAUUAAACGCUCAGAUUGUUUUUCUGUCUGUAAAAAAAACACUGAAAGGAUCCCAACAGGGACAGACUUUUUUGUUAGAUAAAAACAGGAACACAAGUUACAGUAUAUGCUCUUUCUGAGCCACCAGAAUCCACUGAGAAAAACAGUACUUUUACCACAGAGAGGGCAUAGGAGUUAUUGGUCUACUCCUGUCUGGACUUUUACUCAUUUAUUUGCUGUUUCAGACUGUGUUUGGAUUAGAACAGCCCCAUUAAAAUCAGAAAAGUCUUAACUUUUCAAUUAAAAAUAAAUCAGUGCUCAUAUGACAGCAUCGUGAAAAAGAUCUCUGCACAUAAAUCUCGCAAUAAUGUUGACAGACUGUGGCAGAAGUUGGUGGUAUAAACUUGUAAUGAAACACCAAACAGUAUGUUUAUAAGUUCGAAAAUUGGAUUUAUUGCAUUUGCCUGACUAAAACUGGACUUUUAAAACACAUGUAAACUCAUUAGUCCAACCAGAAUAACUCUAGAUCAGGCUUUACAUCAAACUUUUCUUUAUUACCAAGUAAGUAAGUAACUUGUUAAUGGGGGAGCGAUUUUCUCUUCCAUGGUCUAAGCCUCCUGUUCAUGCUCCUGGGUUCACACAUCCGACUCUGAUUUGGAAGUUGAACCGCACAAAUUCAUUGCUGAGUGGAAGACAAACUUGACAGAGGAAGAAAGAAGGUAUAAACACAUAAAACUACAGAGCUAUAAAAGUGUCAGUGUUUUCCAUGUUCCAAGUACAUCCCCUCAGCCACUUGCUAAUGCAUUUGAUUCGGUACGUAACACGUCAACCUGGAUGCACCCUGGUGUUAAGAAGCUGAAAGGGGACAUGUCACCACCCAGACAUACACUUCUGCAGACAUACUUCUAUCAGUAUUUAUAGUCUUGCAAAGUAAAUGUAAACCUAGGACAGUAGUCCAGUUAAAUUGCCUAACUAUGCAAUAACUGUAGCUUGACUUAACCAUGUGGCAAUUGUCCUGAGAAAACCCAAACACCUGUAUAUUAAGGCAUUCAUCAGAGAAUUGAGUACGAACAAUGAGGAACAAACACCUAAAUUUGUGCAUUUCAAUUUUACAGACAGGAGUGACAUUUUCCAAAGAUUCAAACUGUAUUUUCAGUCACUCAUUUCCAUGCAAAGGAGCAGCAGAAAAAUAAUAAUAAUGUACCUUUUUUAUUGACGUUGUUCAUUUGUGCAACCACUAAGCCAAGAUUAUACAAAGCAUUAAAGGCUGCACAAUAUUGUAUGAAAACUGAUGUUGCCGUAGUUGUCCUCAGACGUCUGCUCUUCAAUCACAUCUCCUGGUUUAACCCUGCUGGUCUCCAUAUUCUGAAAGUGGCUCUGACAGCCUCAUGGAGGAGAGAGUUAAGGUGAAGAGACAUUCAUGAACUCCACCUGGGUCACUGCCGGUGUUUGCAGCACUGGGCUCUCUGGCAGCUCGCCCAGUAGAAGCGUGUUGUCUGGUUUGCUGCUUUGGGAGAUUAGACUUACUGCUCUUAGCAAAGCUUUCCUUCCCUAACAUAGAAGACAACUCACCACUAUAUUCUUGUCCUUUACCUGGAGGAGGGCAAAAUAAAGCAGAUAUUUCAUAGUCAUAAAUCUCAGGCCUUGGGACUGCUCAGACUCAGGGUAUCUGUGAUGGCAGCAGAGUUGUAUAAUGACAUUCUCUGUGGGCAAAUGUGGACAUCUUAUCUUGUCCUAUGCAUAUUAAGGAAGUAUUUUAUAUGAAAACAUUAACCCUGUUGUCUUUUAAGGUCAAAUGUGUCACUCAUGGAGAGUAUGUCCUUUUGGUUGUUUCUUUGGCGUGCUGUUUGACACUUACCCCCCUUACUGCAGUUUCAGGCAUCAAACAUCCCAGUAUAGCAUUUAAUGAUCUUGUCGCUGGUUGUCUUGUUUGCUUCUGUUGUUCAUAAAGAGACGUCAGUAUCACUUUCAGUCUGUUUCAGCCAGUGAAGAACUCCUCACAGUGGCUUUAACCGUGGAAAAGGAGAAACUGGUGACAGCAUGAUGUGUUGUAGCUUAUAUGACUGACUUGUCAUGUCCUACAGUGUGACUAUUAGACAUGUGCAUGUUGCAGGCAAGAGAAGAGCAGCAACGCCCAUCUAACAAGAGGUGGAACUAUUGAGUGACUUAUGUCGUGUUCCAGUUAACUCAGUAGUCGGAUAGCGUAGCUAGGAAUUACGUUACACCCGAGUUGACGGUGUUCCGUAUACAAGUUGGAAAACCAUGGUGGACUCCUACUGUUAACGGUUGUCAGCUGUCGUUAGCCGUUUUCAGUUGUUGUUAGCCAUUGUCAGCUGUCGUUAGCCGUUUUCAGUUGUUGUUAGCCAUUGUCAGUUGUUGUUAGCCGUUUUCAGUUGUUGUUAACCGUUUUCAGUUGUUGUUAGCCGUUGUCAGCUGUUGUUAGCCGUUUUCAGUUGUUGUUAGCCGUUGUCAGCUGUUGUUAGCCGUUUUCAUCUGUUGUUAGUUGCUGUUAGCUACACCAGUUGUAAACAACGCAUAACACAGUAUUUUACUCGUACAAACACCAUAGCACCAUGUUCACAGCUAGACGUUGGGCAGUACAACAUAAACCGCUUAUUUCAUUUCACAAAAACAAAAGUGUUAAUAAGUAAUACAUUACAGGAGCUUUCACUGUUACCUUUUACUGUUCACUGCGCUACCAUCUUGGGUUAUGACGUUGUCGUCAAGUCGGGGUUGGUAAGGGAUCGCCCAAUUUUCCAAGUCUGAAAUCCGACUUCAGGGGGCCAUUCCAGAUUAACUUCUGACUCGGAGCUCAGAAAUCCUGACUUCUGAGUACAACUGGAACGCAGCAUUACUAUCAACUUUCUUUGCAUGUUAUACACAUUAACUCAGUAGAAAUAAAGGGGAGGCCUAGAGGGCUAGCUUUGGAUUUUGAGGAAUAUCUGUCAGUUUAAUCAAAUUAAAACAGUCUUUGUUUGCUCUCACAGUGGCAGAGACAAUGACUCUUCAGUUGGCACUAAGAAGCAUCUCUGUAUUCAAGUGCUCCCAGAAUAAACUCCACACAAACGCUGCCAGCUCUCACACAUUUUCUGUCACACAAAGAAUUCCCCCUAAAUAUCACACUAACACUCGUAUCCAGCACUUUCCCUCAGUGAGGAAAGCUGCAGGCUGCCUCAUGGUGCAACCCCAGAGUGUGUUUUCAAAAGAGUCAGAAAGUUGGUUGCUGGUGUCAGGACUCGUCAAGAAAAACUGUCUGCUUUCAGAAUAAUAAGGAAUUUGGAUGAGUAAGCGGAGCCGAACUAAGGAAAAGACUCUUGGGUCAUACUCAGGACAGACAGCUGGUUAGUUUGAGAAUAAAUUUAGCUUCAAAAUUAAAAGCAUUUUAUUGAUUGUAGGCGUGAGAAAUCCUCAGCUUAGUUUCUGUAUCCGACUGCCUGACCCGAACUCCUCACCCCCAGCGGAGGUAAUUUGCGCCGUCUGUGGAGUCAGGCCCAACACGAUUGUCCGCGGUGGCAGCCAGUCAGUCAGUCAGGGAGCGGAGAGAGUAUUUGGGUUAGGAAGGAUAAUCCACUCACCCCUAAAGAGGAUUGCAGAAUCUCACAGGCUUUGAUGAGUUGUGAGCUGGUGUUUAUUUCACCUCACAAGAACAGGGCUGUUUGUGUCAGAGCCAGAGUGCUUCAGCAUGAGCACCAUGUCACGGAGUGCAUCAUGGGUAACUUUUAUAAAGCCGGGGAAAGCGGAGGGAGAGAAGGAAAGGGAGUAGAGGAAAAGGGGGAUAAAGGAGGUGGGAGUGCAGAGGAUGUUUUGGCAUGUCUACUUCUUAUCUCUGCACAGAUCCGGGUUCAGAGCGAUGCUGUGAUAACUGAGGCUGAGCUGACUGAGACACGAACGCUGCAGCGCUAAUGAGCGUCCUCUAAGCUCAGUGAUCGGCCCUGAAAACUGAGGCAUUAUGGCCACUACUCACUCUGCACUGAACCCAACAACACACCAGUACAAACACACAUUUUUCAUUGUAUUGCCAUGUCCAUCUAUACUGCGUUGGAAAAAUAUAUUAUUUUACUGUGAACAAUACACAUUUUGUCCUUGUAUACAGUUUUAAUUACUCAACAUUUGUUAUCUGCUGAAUUUAUCUGAAAAAUGUAUUUUAAACAUGUCAUUAAUGUAAAGAAAGAGAAUAAAACAACAAAAAAGCAAUAAACCUGGCAGUCAUAUUCAACACAGACAGUACAUUUUCGUAAAAAGUAUGAUGAAGUAUAUACUUAUUCUUCCAACGACAACACUAACAUCUUUCCAGUGUCACUUCAUCAGAAUAAAAUAAACAUAAAUGAAUUAAUAAAUUCACCAAGCUUUGCAAUCUGACCUCUUAUUCUCCAGCUGGAAAUACUAUUGUGUGUUCUUACCAGAUAUUCCACAGUACAAUUCACAUUUUACUGUAAAUAUGCAUCAUCUUAAGUUUAUUAUUUACAUUUUGACUCUGCAAAAAUACAGUAUCCACAAUGCAGUAUAGGUUUGAACAGAAUUUGACAUGAUCUACAGGAUAAUAUACUUUUUUGGCUACUAAAUAUAUAUUAUCCAAAGCACAUUUUCACUGUGCAAAACACAUAAUCGGCAACAAAAUUCACUUUUUUACAUGCAAAAUACAACUUUUUGUAUUGAUUUACAUGAUCUUUUGCUUUAUACAGCAUUUUACUCUGCACUUGGUUUCUUGAAUUCACUGUAGAUAUAUUUCUGCAGAAAAUGCAUUAUUCAUGGUGUGAUUCAAAAUAUACUGUAAUAUUGAUUUUUAUCUUGCAGUACGCACUUCUUUAGUGCAAAAUACAUGAUCCUCUGAGAAUAUCCAUUUUCUGCUAUGUAAAAUGCAAAGCUCCUUGUACUAGGUACACUAUUUAUAUGCAGUAAACAUUUUCCACCUGUGCAAUUAUCAUUAUUCCUGGGAAAUAAGACAUUUCCUGUAACCUACAUUAGUGAACUUGCUUCAUGCUCAUCUUUCAUGUUCAAAUUGUGACUGUGGAUGCGUGAAAAAUGUACAUUUAAAGUAAAACAUUUCUUAGUUUUCUCUCCAUAGAAAAAUGUCAUCAAAAGUGAUCUUUUCUUUUUAUUAUCAUGAUAUUCAGGGUUUCCUCUUUUUCAUUUUUCUCAUGAGUAGAGAUUUAAAGUAUGGAUAUCUCUGUGAGCAUACCUCCCUUGGUGCUCCGAAAAUCGGCCUUUAAUUGGCUCACUUAUUUGCCUCUGAGACUUGAAGACCACCCUGCUGUGAGAGAGACAAGGGUCUUUCUGUCAUGCUCUCCCGCCUGUAACCUUAGGAAACCCUCUCUGUGGCCUUAAUGUUAAACCCUAAGCAGCUGAGAUAUAGCUGCAGGUUUUCCAGUAAGUCUUAUCCCCCUAAAGGGAGGGGAUUUUAAUUAACAGGAGACAAAGCCUUUAAUAAACCAGGCGCUCAGUAAACAAUGGCUGCUGUCUCUGAGACUCUCUGUUUCUGGGACUGAUCAAAAAUACCAGACCUUCUCUGUUUUCCCAGCGACAGCUCUAAAUAUAUUUCCUCCUCUGGUUUUUAUCCUCUGUGUCUGAGCUUUUAGAUUUCAGAACACGCACCAGAAAUGAACUCCUUUAGAUCUUCUUUUUUUUAAACUUGUGCUCAGUGUGUAUUCAUUAAAACUUGGACAGACAUUUCCUUAAGUUUGGGUGGUCUGUAAGAUUUAUGUAACUGAAUGAACCUGUAUUGGACGGUAUUUUGCCCAUUUCCACCAACAGACUGUGGUUUUACUUUUUCCACUCACCCGGCUGAAACACAGGAAUGCUUUCGAAGGCUUCAAUUCCAUUUAGUCAGCUUGGACCACAAGUCUUAUACAAGUGGGUGUAGGUAGGAAGAAUAAGAAUAAAGAAACCGUUCAGCUAAGGUUUUAUGGUCAGAAGUCUUUGGUGUGGAGUUAAUCUAAAAUCUAAAUGAAUAUAUUAUCGCCAGCCAAGAAAAGUUAAAGCUUUCCAGGAUAUUGAAAGAGCAGCUCUGAGCUGUGAAACAAGAACAACACAUAAAACUGUAAUCUGUGUUUGUUUUAAGAUAUUAUUCUAUCUAACUUUAAUUCCUCAUUUCUCCGGGAGGCUUUGAAAGGACUUUAAAAAGACAUAAAUGGGAUGUCCUCUGCGAUUUCCUCAGCGCUGACUCUAAAAUUCUGCAAAAACUAGUGUUAUAUUCAGCAGAUAAGAUUCACCUGUGUUACUGUUUUGGUAUUUAUGCACUUAGGUGGAUGAGCUUGAUGCGUAAAUUAGCAUUAUUUUCUUGCUGUUAUUUUGUUUUUAAACAUUACGUUUGGACUUUGAUGCUUUUUAGUGGGAGGAUGAUAAAGACACUCAGAAGAGAGAAAGUGGGGGAUGACAUGUAGCAUUGAGAGCUGCUAUAGCCUCUGUACGAGCCCCAUAAAUGUAUAUAUAUAUUUUUUUUACUGAUUACUAUCUUAGUUUAGCAUCUGAACAGAUGGUGCUAAUCUCUUAAUUCAUCUCAUAAUUGGUCAUUAACUAAAGCAUUUAAAGCUCCUGUGAGGCACUUUUAACUGCUUAUGAAACAGACCGAAACAGUAACUACAAAACUGUUCAAAACCAUCAGAGAGAAAACCAAUUGUAUAGUUGUUUUAUAUACCUGUUUAUUAAUGCUCUGGAUGAAGUGAUUAUGGUUAUCGAUCACUGGUGUCUGAUUUGCAACUUUUCACCAUAUAUUGGUAGAGUUGCACCGGGGCCUUUAAAUUAAAGGAGGAUGACGACAGUAAAUAUUACUAAGGCUGAGCUUACACUGCAGGUUGAAGCUGAUUCUGACAUGAUUUCUAAGUUGCAUGACUGUUUUGAAGUCAGGCUGACUUCCAGCGUGAUUGCACAUGAUUUUCCAUGUAGUGCACAGAGAGAGCACAGUGAACAAAGAUUGCCUGACCAGAUGUACCUGACUGGUUAGAUGAAUUUCCAGGAUGUUAGGAAUUUUGGUCAGCAGACUGCACAGUCAUGACGACGAAGAAUAGAGCCACCAUUCCCCAAUUUUCAAUUACAUUUUUUUUCCUGAUAGCACCCGUGCAAAAUGACAAAGUGCAGAUGUACACUUUUUAGCAACAACAUUAGGACCACCUGCAACAGCUCUGACUUUAUUUUUACUCUUACCAUCGUCUGAAUUCUCAGCUUUUGUUGUCACGUCAGAAAAGUGACAACUGUGUUUAGUUUCAAUGAUAAAAGUUGUCUUCUUCACUUUAAUAUCUCUCUGUGUUUGGGAAUAUUCAAAGGUAACAAUAUGGACAAGUGUCCUGAUUUGACAUGUACAGUUUGAGAACUCAUGUUGCACUUUCCAACACAGCAUUUUAUCACAUUGUGCACACGGUCCAACUCAUGUACUGGAACAGGUCAGCGGAGGUAAACUAAUGUACGCAGUUCAUUAAGCUUCAGCUCUUCUUUUAGUCCAUUCCCAGUAAAGAAAGCUGCACAUCUUAACGCCUUUUCUUGGCUCUGACCUUCGGAGCAGACAGUUUGGAUAAAAACAGCUUAUGUAGCCUUGCAAAUCUGUUCCAUGCAGGCUCAACAUUUAUGCACAGCUGAAGUUUGUUGGGGCUACGUUUGCAAACCCAGAGUAUAUAGACAUUUAGAAAUAAUACGUGCAUCAUAGCACUUUUCCAUUAUUGGAUGUUGCCCCAAGCAGCUCAUAAUUUGCACCCCUGAAUUUGUGCAAUUGGUGUUUCUAAUAGAAAAAAUGCAUGACUUAUUGUCUGCCUAGAGCUCUCUGCUUACACUGCUUCUUUUUUAAUACAUUUCCAUUUGGUGUCUGUACAACUGAAAACAUCACUUAGUAAAUGUAGGCAGGCUGUUUUCCUCAUUAUCGUACCUGCAGUCAAAACACACAGAAAGUUACAGGACGCUACAAUCUGUUCAGGUUUGUGUCUUGGGACUCCUAUUUUUACAUCAGCCCCUGUCCUUGCAGACAGUUAUGUAAGUACCUGUAGUUUUUUAUUUUUAUUUUUAGCAGUGUCCAGCUUUAAUUCUUCUAAUUGAUAGUGAGUGACACGAGGAGAGCGUCUGCCCUCUGAAGACUGCAGCGCUGCCCUCUCCUCCUCCUCCUCUUCCUCUCCUGCUGCUGAUUGAAAUAUUGCUCUAUUCAAGCUCUUCACUCAGUUAAGUGCUGUGUUGCUGCACAGACAUGCUUGAUAGCAUUCAAUUUACUAACUGAAUGAACAGGAAUAACUCACCAUGGCACUGCCCACACAUGCAGGUACACACACAUGCACACACACAUGGACUGGGUCUCUGUGUUAUGUCAGAGUGAGAUCAAUAGGUGCUUCACUUCUCUGUGAUCCUGUUUCUAAGUGCGAGUCCUGUGGAUACAAGUGAGAUAUAGAGCCCACUUCAGGAUGAAAUGAUUUUCCCUCUGAAAUGUAGACAGAGUGCCUGACCUGCUCUGACAGCUCCCUUAUUGAGACAAAAUGCUCCUUCUACUGAUGUGGUACCCUGAGGGGGACCAACAGCCUCCCUUUGGCUUCAGCAGUUCACCAGCAUCCAGGUUUGUAAGGUGGCUCCACAAUUAAACCUUGCUCUUACCUGAAUCUGGAUCCCAGCAGUUAAAUCCCCGGACUCUAAUUUCAGAUUAGGGGCUUGUUUUUGUCAGUGAGCGGCUCAUGCUGUGAUUCAAAGUCUGUUGGAACGUCACAGAAAGGCUACCUGCACCAAUAAAAACUAAAGUGAGAGACUGUUUUUUAAAAAAACAGAAAGAGCUCUCACUUCAUUCCUGCAUGCUCAAACUCUUAAAAAUGUCCCAAGUUGUCCUGGUACAUGAUCUGCAUGAACAGAUGGACUUUCUCUCCUACAUUUCUGGAAUAAAUGAGGGUGAGCUGAUGUGAGAAUUAGGGCUGGGCGAUAAACCGAAAAUUUACUGAUACCGAAAUUUAUGACAUUAACUGAUGUCAUUUUGCCCGUGUCAAUAUGUUCCGUGUAAAAAAAAAUAAACCAUAUUUUUCGCACUACAAGGCGCACUUGAAAUCCUUUUGGCUUGUCGGAGCACUGCAGCUACUUUAGCCUCGCAGAGUUAUGGAAUGACUUAAAGUUUGACUAAUCUGACUGUUUUGUUUGGUUUCAUGCGCUUUAUAAUCCAGUGUGCCUUAUGUAUGAAAAUAGACACGAAUAGACACGUUCAUUGAUGGUGCGCCUUAUAGUGUGAAAAAUACGGUAAAUAAAAGUUGGUUUUGGAUGUGUGUAGGUAGGCUAUGGUCUCAUGUCCCUUUAAGAUGCUGUCCUAUGUUGGAGACGUGACUCCACCCCAUCCAGUCCAUAACAAAGAGGUAAAGACAGGUGAGGAGAUGGAGGAUGGUUCAAAAGUUGUAGUGGCUGGAGCGGCGGCUAAAGUAGACAAAGUUAAUGUGGGAGGGGGAGAGCAGCUUGUAGAGUAGUUAUCAUCCAAUUAUUGUUAUUGAGGUGAACUGCUCAAUAUAUCCUGAUAUUGAUUUGAGGCCAUGUUGCCCAGCCCUAGUGAGAAUGCAAGAGAAGAGAACUUUAAGGGGAAAUUUACCGCAUCAUCUGUCCAUUUACACACGGCAGUGAUAUAAAUGAAAAAACUGGCAUCACAGUGAAGGUCUCUGCCGCUUCAUCCACCAUCAUGUUGUUACACACUUCAGCUUUUACAGAGUUCCUUCAAAGUCAUGGCUAGGCACUAGAUACAUACUCUGUGCAUUUACAUGAUGUUGAAAAAAAUCUAUUUACUGAAUUCAUCAAACCAAAACAGGGUUUUUGACAAUGCAGGCGAGCAUGUUAGUACGACUGAAAUCACACAAUAUCAAGUUUCUUAAAAGACUCUGACAAUGCUGUUAUGGAUCCAUUUCUAAUUGUAAACAUACACUUCAGUUUAUCCUCAAUAAAGUGUUCUGUGCCUCCACCUAAAAGUCAUAAAGACAACAUACAGCAUUGUUGUUUGCCACUGGCCAUGUCAGAGCCACAGUGAGCAGCACGUCUUCUAGCAGAGGAGAAUAGCUGCUGCUUCCUUUGUUUUGCUGAGCUCCUGUUGAAGUGCAGCCUGGUCCUGAUCCAGCUCAUUAAAACCCAGUUAAUGUUUGUGCUGAUGGCUCCACAGAGACAGCCACAGAGACACGGUGGUGUUAUUCUGUUUCUGACGGAGCAUCAGCUCAAAGUCUUCAUGGCAAGACAGCUCGCUCUGGAGACAUAUCUUAAUUCACACACAAACGUUCCCAAUUUAAUAAUGUCAGAGCGGAAAGCCUUUUAUUGCAUGCAGGGUAAAAUAAGCAUUAGUGUGUACGUGGGUGUGGUUAUGUGCAUGAGAGACACUGUGGUUGUGUUGUUGUUGUUGUUGACAGGAAGAAGAAGAAGACAUCUGCAACUUAGGAAUUAGAUUAGUUUUUUCAGAAAAACAACACUGAGUCGAUCUGUGUUUUAUAUUCAAAUGUGGUGUCGGCUCCCCUCCCCCUCUCCUCUAAUGAGUGUUUUCUUACAUUCGUGUUCAAUCAUCUGUCAGGGCUGCUCUCACAGAAACCCCUUCCCACAUGUGAUUAAAGACGCUCACACAAAGGAGGUGAGCAAGCCUCAGAAAUUGUAUUUCUUUUUUCAUUAUGAGAGUAAAUAUGACAUUUCUUUUCCGCUGUCUCGGAGAAGUGCGGUUUGAAUUCCAAGCAAGAGCUCAAGGAAAAUGUGUUCUGCCACAGUAUUUGUUGGUAUCGUAGCGGCGGUGUGGUAUCUGUCUGAGUGCUAAGGUCAGAUAAGCAGCCUUUGUGUGAGGCGGGAUAUCGAGGUCAGCGUGCAGAAAGCCGCAGGCUGGACGAGUGGUUGAAUGGGCUCACAUUAGUCUUUCAGAUGUGACCUUUUCAUUAUUUGUUUACACAAGCUUGUUGACUUUUAUUCUGCUGUGAAAGUGAUGCUCUUUAUUCCCGCUUCAUUCUGUAGUUUGCUCCAAAAAAAACCAAAAAACAUCAGAUCAUCAGUGUCAUCAUUUCAUUAACAUUUCUACUCUAAUCUGCAUCAUUUCAUCUGCAUGUUUAUGUUUAAAGCCUGACCUUUGACCUCUGUCUGCAGGUGUAAAGGCGCCUCUCACUAUGGGCUUUCAGCGGACAGGAAGCGACGCUCGCAGGAGGGCGAGUGCACCGACAGUACAUCAGAGCUCACCAUCGCCACGCUCCCCAACGAUGGCGCCACCUCUGCCGCCGUGGCCCUACUGUCAGACGAGCCCGGCCUUGUUAACCCCGCCUUCGACCCCAGCAUGGAGGACAACAGCCAAUCAGGCAGCACGACCAGCCUAGCUGCACGCAGCAGCACCAAGAAGAGUGAGUGUGAGUGGGCGAUGGAUGUUUGUGUCUCGGUGUGGUAACGUUCAGUCCUGCAUGACAUCACAAAGAGAGAGAGAGAAAGAGAGAGAGAGAGAGGGGAGGUGUGUGUUUGCAAGAGUGAUCACCUUUAAGAUCAACAAAGUCGACAUUUUCUUUAGUCACAGUUUUAAAGUCUCUGCAGAGAUUACAAAAGCAAACACAAUCUCUGUUAAAGCAGAAGAACAAACACUUCAGUACAAAAACCUCGAGUGAAAGUCGACGUGUUGGUUCAACCUUUUUACUAAACUCGACGUGAAAAAGUCGAGACUGAAAUGUCCUCACUGUGUCAAGCAGAAUGUGCCCCUCAUAAGGACGUUAUCCAACUCUAUUUAACAUGAGAUCCUGCUGCAAGAACAUCAUCACAUAGCUAGUCCGUCAUUUUGCCUUAAACUCUGCAAUGGUUUAUAUCGAUAUCCAAGUGUGUGGCUCUACACCCUGUUGUUGUGUUGCAGAGAUGAAAACUAAGAGCAGAGGCCUCACAUAUAUUCACCGCUCUGCCCUACAGUAAAGUUACUUUGAUCAGUGUCUACAGCACCAUUUUUGUCUCUGUUGCUAUCUUUAAUGGUGGAGUGUCAUGUUUGACGUCUUCUCGUCAUUGCUCCUCGAUUUUUUAACAGCAAAUGUUCGCUAUGUUCUCUCUGCGCUACUAUUUUGCUAUUUCCGAUGGCACAUGCCCCACCCAACAGGAAACAUCUCUGAUGUGUGUUGGGGUGCUCACACCAAGCACGAGUGAAACCAUCUACUUGCUUAAUUCGCGCAAAUCUGGACGCGUGAAUGAUUAGUAUUUACUCGCUUCAUUGGCGCAUCAGCGGUAAGACAAAGGUUUUUUACAGUUUACCAGGUAAUCCGACCUCCUCACUCACAAGGCGAGCUCCUUUUUAUUCCGGUUUCGAUAAUUGAAAGAAAAGAUAUCAUACAAUUCAGGGCACCCACACACCGACACACUUAGUUUGUCCUCCAUUUUAGAUACCUGUGAACAAAGCGUCUUUACAUUGACUUAAUAUGUAAUUUAUUCGCGUGAAUGGUUUUAUUCACUCUUGGUGUGUCGAGACAGUAACACAGUUGGACUUACAACAUCACAAAAUUUACCCCAAAAGCUCACAUGAGAGUAUGAAGGUCAUGGAAUAAUAACAUUGUACAUAGGUCGGAGUGAAGUUUGACUGCCUCAUGAAAACAAGAUACUGUAUCUGAAAUAUAUUGCGAUUAACUUCACGUCGACAUGGCGAUCAGGCAGAACAUUCUGGGUUUCCAUUGAGUGACAUGCUAAAUCCAAUCAAUUUAGAAAAACAAAGAUUUUUUUUUUCUGCACAUUUACACGUGCAGACUUUAGCAACAUAAAACCAGGCACUCAGUCAGCCUCAAAUACAGUCUUUGUUCUCUUUAAUGCUCUCUGAUAGAAAUCCUAUUAGCCAAUUAGCUGUACGGCCUUGUUUUUUUCACCAAUCCAUAAAACCUCAGUGUGUGGAAAAGAGAAAAGAAACAGAGAGAGAGGAAGUCAGUGAGAGGGCGGGGACGCUACAGUCAAGGAGAAAUGGAAGGAGAGGGAGGUUAAAUAUAGCUGAUGCUGGUGUGUUAAAGCCCCUCCUUCUCCCUUCUUGUCUCCCACCUGUGUAACCAGGAAGCAGUCACGAGUGCCCCCUCCUCCCCCUCUCCUCUCCCCCCUUAUAGCGUGAGCGUGCAGGCAGUGGGGACACCAAAUGACGCUGCACCAGCACUUUGGGCCCACCACCACCACAAGCACCACUACUGCUGAACAAGCUGUCAGCUCCAGAAGCGGCUGGCGCUUUUAAAGAAUAAUGUGGCUGUCAGGAGGCCUCGCAUCUCCUCCAGACUGCAGAGGGAGGAAGGGAGGAGGAGAGGGGAGGAGGGGAGGGGUGCUGCAGAGGCUCUCUGUGCCCCAUGUUCGGAGCAGCCAGCCUGGGACUGCUGCUUCUCCUCUGCAGCCCCCUGUAACCUGUCUGUCUUCUGAGUAAAGUAGCGGAGAAGCGUCGCUCAGGGAGGGUCUCUUGAGGAGUCCGUGGCGUGUUACAUCACUGCUGGAGUUAUGCAACUGUGUAACUAUACUCAGCAAGGACUGGGAUUAUUAAUUAAAGUUGAAAGCUCCUCCAUCUCCAAAAUGAGGUGCUUUAUUAGAGCUUGUUAGAGGGAGCUCUACAAAUAAACCUCACAGAUUGAAGAUGGACCAGAGUCAAAAUAAGAGUCUCAUCCUUCCUUUUACCGAGAGCAGCGCUUAGAGACAGAGAGCGUCAAAAUACAGAGGGAGAAAAAUACACUCAGGGUCAUACACUCAGGCUUAAUUUUAUCUUUAAGAUACGCAAUGUGUCCUUCGGGUAGUUUCCUAAUCUCUAAGUCAAUUAACGGAUUUUAAAAUUCAGAUUAGUCAUCUGAUCGUGUGUAAAAAAAAAGACAAAGUAAACAUUGAGCACUCUCUUUUUAUCCCAACUACACACUGUCCUACAUCAUGUUGUGUGAAGAUCACCUCACGACUUAUCAGAGCUGUUGUCCAGGAGGAAAACUGUGUCACACAUCAGCCUGCUGCCACAAAAAUAGAUAAUCUACACAAAUCCUGAUUCUGUUUUUAGUCUUUGUUUUACACAGAAUGAUUAAGAAGAAUAAAAGCAAAAAUUAUCACUAUGAGCAUGAUGUGUAAAAUGAGUAAAAGAUAACUUGGGUGUUUCAAACAAGCACCUGACUCUGAAAGAUGGUGUAGCGUUUAAAAAACCGGCAAAAUAUCCUUGAAUGUGCUGUGAAUGUUUGUCCUUGUGCUUUUGUAGGAAGAUAAAAAGGAUCCGUUUGUAGAUGAAUCUGUCUGGCACCUCUGGAGUAAAAAAAAAGAGAAGGUUAUUUUGCUUUUUAUCAAUAAACCUUGAAACUUCUGUCUGUAUUAUGCAAUCUUGACCUCCUGGACCAAACAGCUAUUUUGUCUUCUCUCAGAGCAUUCAUGGCAACAGAGCAGCACAUCCACACAGAUCUGAGCCUCUGAUUGGCCGUGAGGAGGCACCUUCAGACAUGUCCGGGCAUGUUGAGGGUGAAGUGAACUAUAAAACGUUUCUCUUUCUGCUCUGUUCUCUCCACAGUCAGAAACUUUGACAGAUCUUCAGUGAGGAGCCGAUCCUUCAGGAGGUUGAACCGGGCAUUUAGUGUACUGCGGAGGACCAAGAGUGGCACUGCUGUCAGCAAUGAGACGUCUGAGGAGAGGGACAACGCCAGGAACUCCAGCGUGCCACCGGAAGGUAUAAAUCAGAGCCUGUCUGUGUCUCAUUUCUGUAUAUUUUCAUGGCGUGUCUCAACCCCUGUGAUGCCACUGUUGUUUUUGCACAUCCUGAACCCCAAAGGAGGACCAGAGUGAGGGCUCCACGUGUGUGCGUGUGACCAAAACUGUGAUGUGUGAUGCUCCCUCAGCUGUGUGAGGAGGGUGACACUGCUGGGAGACAAGAGUGUAACAGAAGCAUAUGUUGCUUUAAUAAUUCAGCUGCACAUUGCAUAAGUCCACUAGUGCAUCACAGGAGACGAUCAAGGAGGGAGAGAGGCAGCCUGAGGCAGGGACAGGAUACAGGAGGUCACUGGAAAUGUGGAGGAUGACGUCCUUCAUCCAUUUUUCCUCCUCCAGUCCUCCCACUUCUCAACAUCUUAUCCUUCUCCGUCCCCUCCUCCCCCAGAACAGCCAGGGUCAUCAGGUUUGCACCCACUUGAUGGAGGAGUCCCAAAGGAGGGCUCCAGACAUGUUAGAUCUAUAAGAUGUUAGGAAGAGGAGAAACCGUCACAUCUUUAGUCAGACUCUUGAAAAAGUAAAGUUAGAAGUGGAUCAUUUCGAGUGCAUAAUGAUGGAGAAGAAGCGCGGCGUGAUGGGAUGAUUGCGAGAAGAGGAGGAAUGUGAUAUUGCGUAAGAAUGAGGGAUGACGAAUGAUGGGGGACUAGAUUAUUCAGUGACUGAGAGAAUAGAUUAAAUAUUCAUUGGCUGCUGCUGGAGAGACAGAGAUAGAGAGAAAGGAUGGACAACUGAGGAACAAACGAAGGGAAGAGCAGAUAGAGGGAGAGACAACAGAGACAAGGAAACCAAUAAAUGAGUAGUAAAGUCCCAAAGGAUGGAUGAAAAGGAGAGACAAAAAACAGGGAAGUUGAAUGAGUGUGUGAUGGAGAGAAAUCAGGGUUACAUAAUAGCUGCAGGUCCCUGUGUUAAUGUGGUCUCCACCCUGGAAGCAAUCUGCCGCGAUAACGACAAAAUAUUGACUUUGGAAAGGAGAAAGUGCAGCGUGAGGAGAACAAACGGCCGAGGAUACGGAGCUGAGACAGGCCGCUGAGGGGAAGGAAAGGAAGGAAGAAAUAAGAUGAGGAGGAAUACAUCUUCUCUGUCAUUUACUGGCCGGGGUUGUUGGCCAAAACUGCCACAAAAGAUCCCCACCCAUCUCCAAACGCCUAAUGCAGGAUGUGUCACUCUGCUGUGAAGUGUAAUUCAUGACAUAGGAGAGGGGCUUUUGCACAAACAUGAUGAUGUAUCUGCACACUUUCAUGGUUUGAGAAGGUUGCAUAUGUUUGUUUAUUCGGUUGAGUCUUGAGGUGAAAAUUGAAGAAAAAUCCUCUCCCGAUGCAAAUCCAGAAAUUGGAAUUCAGACCUCUUUGAAGCUCAUGAAUUUUCUGAAAACCCACGGGUAGAUUUAUAUUUGUUUUGUUGAGAAAGUGCAUGGCUUUUAGGGGGGAAAAAAAAGAACAUUUUAUGCACAUUAUAACUGUGUUGCAUCCCCACCCGGGUAAUAACCUUGUGGAAAUCUGAAAUUAAGGGUUUUCCCAAGCAUACUUGCUGCAGAUGUAAGUGACUAAUGACACAAACAUUGAGUGGGAUGAUCAGCCAAGUGAAUUUUCCCUCUUGGCUUGUACAAGUUUGUUUUAGUAACCUGAGGGAGUAGAGACAGCUGGUUUCUCUGCUGAACCUCUAAACCAUGUCUACCUCUCUUUCCCCCUUCCAUGUUCUCUCUCUCUCUCUCUCCUCCCCUGUUUUAUCUGGCACUCAGUCAGAUGUUCUUGUCUUACUGUAAGACUCAGAGCUAAACUCAGCUCUUUUCUCCUCCCUCAGUGCUGGCUCUCCCUCAGCUGCAUCACCUGAUCCCCGAUGGUGAAGUCACCAGUAUUAAGAUCACACGAGCUGAGCCCUCAGAGCCGCUCGCCAUCAGCAUUGUCGGGGGGAAUGAGACCCCGCUGGUUCGCAUCCUCAUCCAGGACAUCUACAGAGAAGGUGUCAUUGCCAGGGAUGGGCGCCUGCUGCCCGGGGACAUGAUCCUGAAGGUAUCAAUGAAAACUGUUUUCACAGUUCAGUGAUAAGAAGUCAGAACCUUGUAAACCCAGAUUCACUCUGACAAGGACUGUCACAACAGCAGCUUUACACCUCUUGAAUGUCAUGGCAAAUUAAGUGGGGAUUAUGUUAUCGCAAUACUUAUGGUGGGAAAAAGUGCUAUCAGUCAGAUUAACUGAUCGAAGACAAGUAUGAAGUCAAACAUAACUUCAUAAACUUCACUUACAGUUAGGGCUGGGCAGUAUGGCCUUAAAUCAAUCUCACAAUAUAUUGAGCAGUUCACCUCGAUAACGAUAAAUGGAUGAUUACUACUCCACAAGCUGCUAACCCCCUCCCACAUUAACUUUGUCUACUUCAGCCGUCGCUUCAGCCGCUACAACUUUUGAACCGUCCUCCAUCUCCUCACCGGUCUCUCCCUCUUUGUUACGGACUGAAAGGGGUGGAGUCACUUCUCUGACGUAGGACAGCGUCUUGAAGGGAAAUGAGAUCAAAGCCUACCUACAUACAUCCAAAACCAACUUUUAUUUAUGUAAUUUUUGACACCAAAUAUCCUGAUAUGGGCAAAAUGAUGUCUGUUAUUGUCUUAAAUUUCGGUGUCUGUAAAUUUUCGGUUUAUUGCCCAGCCCUACUUACAGUACAAGAACUGUAUUGAAUUUCCCUUUGGGAUCAAUAAAGUUCUUUUCUUUUGUUAUCUUAAAUGCCAUCAAACUUUCUAAUAUUGUUCAAAGUUAGAUUUUCAUCUGUGUUACCAGAAGCUGCAAAUUAAUUGGACAGUAUUAUCGUAUGAAUAUGAAGGCAUUCAUUCAUUAAAUUUUUUCAAAAAGACUUUUUGUCAGUUCGGGGAAAAUUGCAACAGCUCUAACUGAUACUUUCCGUUAAUAGCAGAGUAAGUCAUUCUGUCUCUUGUCUGUGACUGAAUGGACGUGUUUCGAGGGGGUGAACUAAUCACUGAUUCUUUGAAUAGUUUGUUCAGGGAAUAAAAGUUUCAUUCUCACAUCAUUUCAGUCUGUUUACGUCAAACACUGUUGACUACAUAAAGAUUUAUUGUGUUGGUACAAUCUACCAGAUAAACUGACCUCUUCACUUACUUUUCUUUUUUUGAGUUGUUGACAGAUGUCAUCAGAACAUCUCCAUGCUGAUUGGCUAUCACAGCACAAGUGAUUCACAUUCAUAUGAUCUGCUCAAUUUGCUUUUCCAGACCUCUUCAAGAACUGUCUUUAUGUUGAAUUAACAUGAAAUUUAACUCGUGCUAAUGGUUUUAUUUUAUUGUCAGCUGGACUAUUAGAAAAAGAAUAGAUAAUGCCAAUGCUCACAGACACUAUAUAUCAUGUUUUAAAGCGCACCUCUGUUGUUUCUCAGGUAAAUGGCAUCGACAUCAGUAACGUACCUCACUGUUUUGCCAUGGCGGCCCUCAAACAGCCCUGCCAACUCCUCCGGCUCACCGUGCUCAGAGAACAGCGCCACCGCUAUCGCUCACACUCACACAGUCACCAACACAGCCACUGGCAUGGCCAUGAUAUCACCAUGGGCCACCCGUCUCACGGCCUACCACACCUUCCCCUGAGGGACGACAGCAUCCAUGUGGUCCUGAAUAAAACCGCCCCGGACGAACAGCUGGGAAUCAAGCUGGUGAGGCGACCGGAGGAGCAUGGUGUCUUUAUCUUUCACCUACUGGAGGGUGGGCUGGCGGCACGAGAUGGACAGCUGUGUGUUGGAGACCGCGUGCUGGCCAUCAACGGGCACGAUCUACGUUCUGGAGCGCCAGAACACGCAGCACUGCUCAUCCAGGUCAGUCUGAGGUUUUCAUGUGAAGUUAUGAGUCAAACUUUAUCAGUCAGACUCAGACAGCAUUUACCACAUUUAUCAAAAGUUCAGAGCUGCAUGAGUCAGAUAUCACUCCAGACCGUCCAUGAACAGCAGAGUGCUGGUCUGACUCUGGUUCCCUGAGCUAUUAAAGAUAAUUGUGGUGAUUGAGGCUAAUUGUGUUGUGUUGUGCAGUUGUGUCUGCACUCACUGCAGUUAAUAGUAUUUAAUUGUAGUGAUUCCCUGACGGACAGGGUCGUGCGUCUGUCUCUGGUUCCUGGCUGAUGCCAGUCAAUGAUGGUGUGUUUGUGGUUAAUUGUGGUUAAUUGCAGUGUUUUUGCGGCUGACUGUGCAGGGUCUCAGGGCCCCGGAGUUCCUGUCUGAGCGACUCUGUGGGCCUCUGUGGAGCCAACAUGGCCUCUCCAAGCAGGCACUUUCUGUCAGAGAUUAAGAACUGGCAGGGAAGAAAUUAAAUUAGUCCAAUUAAGGCAAUAAUGGGCCGGACUGGCUAAUUCAGGAUUCAGCUCUGAGCUGCUGAGUCCAGAGAAAUCUCAGGGGGGACAGAGGCAGCCAGGCAGUCUGUGUCAGUCAGGCCAUUCGCAUGUGAAUGUGUAAAUGAGAGAGAGUGGACUGGCAGUUCAGGCGCAGAGUUUCAGUCACAAGUUGAGUCCAACGAAUAUUUCUACUGGAGAACUUUUUCCUGUACAGUGAUUUUUCAAACAAUGAAGACUACACAACUUGACACAUGGACUUCCUUAACCCAGUAAUAUGAAGAUGAAUACAUGUCCAGGGAAUGUUAGCAGCAGGUUGUCAAAACAUGCAGAAUAGGAAUGCAUGGUGUUGGUAUCAUAAAUUGAUCCUUCUUUGAUUAUGGACAGUCAGUCUGUUAACGGCACUUGGAAACAUAUUCAAACAUGUAGGCACUCUCAUUUUAUUUACCAAGUCACUUUUUUCUGCAGGUAAUAUCUGUUGAUAUCAGUGAUUGAUUCUUUAAACUAUCAUCUAUCAGUACAAUACUAUGCUGAUAUGAUGCUUUCUUAGUGGUUAAGUAACAUUUUGUUUUGAAAUCAACCAACAUUUUUCACCAACUGUGUCAUUCCAGGUUUUAAAAGAAAAGUUAUUCUGAUUUAGGGGUGUCCCAACACAACUUUUUUACCUCCGAUACAAUACCGAUAUUGUAGCCUUCAGUAUCAGUGGAUACCGAUAUUGACCCGAUAUUGGCACAAACUUGUGCAUGGUAAGUUUUGCACUCAGCUGCAAUGUCUUUUUCGGACUUUAACAAAAAAUCCUGCCACAAGGCCGACAUCACUCCCACUCCUUGCUACUUUGUCUGUUUCUUUGUACAUACUAUCAUUGUGAUCUUGUGGGCUCUGCAUGCUGGAUCAGGGCACUGCUAGCUAGAGGUGUCAGAGUGGAGUCUGGAAUGGACUGCUUGUAUCUUUGUGCUGAUAUCGGAGAUUUUAGAUGCAGGCUGAUAUAAUCCGAUAUUUGUCUUUUGGCUGAUAUCAGGCCGAUACCUGAUAUCAAUAUUGUAUCGGGUCAGCUCUAUUCUGAUCGUAACUAAGAGAUACACAAAUUGUAUUUAUUUAUUUAUCUUUUUACUUUUUUAAAAAUGCUUUAUGUGAACUUAAAAUACAGACUGAUCUCUCUUCAGAUUAUUUUUGUCUUUGGUCUCUGUGGCUGCUCACUAAUCUGUGGGCUGUGAAAUUUGUCAGAAUAUUGGAGUUUAUCUGACCUGAAAAGCAGUAAUAAUAUAUGAUGAGGUUAUCCAUCCUGAGGAUGAGGUCACAGAAAGAUGGCUGCUGUGGGGAUAUCAUCUCGUUUCAAACUCCUAAUGGUAGUCAGGUGCUCUGAGCUGACCAGCUGCUUUGCUGCAGCCUUCAUAGGAAAACAUGGGAUUUGUAUGCACUUUCUUAAUCUUAAUGUUGCUUUGAAAUGUGUAAAAUAUAAGUAUCAGUAAAGUUUUAUUAUCUCUUGGUGUCUCCAGGCGAGCGAGGAGAGAGUCCACUUCAUAGUAUCUCGUCAGAUCUGCCUGCCCACCCCAGACAUCCUCCAGGAGGCUCCGUGGGGCAUGGAUGGUCCCCCACCAUAUUCCCCUGUGGAUAUAGAGCAAACACUACUGGUGAGCAGCAAAUACAGACGCAAACACAUGAGAUAGAAACAGCUCUGACACACCGAGGAGCUUUAUUCCUCUGUCUCCCCUUCCCGUGAUAAAUAUUCCUUUUCAGGUGCAAAUGAUCCGUGGAGGUAUUAUUCCCCCGUCAGGGCUGAGCAUGUCAUUCAGGCAGUACAGCUGGAGGGGUCGUUUUCUCCUCUCAGGGAAUUGUUGCAUCCACGUCAGCCUCACAGAAAACAGCCGCUCAUCCCACAGGAUUAAGAUUAUCCUCCUCCAUCCUCGGCUGAAAGAUUUUCUCAGUUUCUUCCUGAACUCUGUGACAUCGCUCCUUCUUAAAAUGAUAGAUUCGAUAUGACAGUGCUGCUUUAGUCUUUAAAGCUGCAAGGUAAUUUUAAGAAAGUCUGUUUCAAGCAGAAAACGUGCAGUGACAGCGAAGUUUAAAGAUGGUCAGAGAAGUAAAGAUGCUCAUAGAUCAUUUUACCUUUAUGACAAAAACAUACAUUCUGGUUUAAAUAUCCUGUAUAAGGAAUAGAUCAUUGUUCAAGACAGGUUUGUGUAGAAGAUUGAUACCACUCUCAUGUUUUUACCUUUAACAUUAAUUACAGCUGGCAGAGAGUUAGCUUAGCUUAGCAUUUUACUAAAGACAAAGUGGAAAAACCCAGCCUGGCUUUUCCUGUUUCCAGACCUUCCAAACUGACUGAUUAAUCUGCAACGUGACAUGAAACUGCAGUUUUUCAGUUCCAAUGAGAGCAUCAGAGGGACUAACAACAAGCCAAUGAAAACAAUGAGCUGGACCUGUUUUAGAGCUGUGUGGUAGACCCAAGCAGGAAUCAAAACAUAACAGUGAUCGCAAUAGUCGUCUCAACUUUCUAAAGAUUGUAGUUGGUGGUCUUUUUUUCAGUUACUUCAACCAGAUUACUGGUAUCACCAACAAAAGGCUCUGAAAAUGACUAUACAACAGAUUCAAAUUAAGGAUAAUGUUUACUAAACAGGUGGUUGUACAAAUUAAAUUUCUGACAAGGCCAGCCAGACCCCAACAUGAAGCAGUCUUGCUCACCCUGAAGAAUUGAUUUGAUAUAUUGUUUGUGCAGUCAGGUUGUCCUUUGUGUUGCUUUUGCUAUUGAGAAUGAAAUACUGUCAUUUAGGAGUUCUGACCAAUAAGAACAAAGUAUUGCCUUUAUUUCCAUGACAAAUUAUUUUUUUGUUUGCGUACAAAAAACAAUGGGCUAUAUGUAAACAAAGAUUUGAUAAAGCAAUUGAGACCCAAUUAACGAGCAAACAAAUGAUGGAGGAACAGUCGGCUAGCAGAUUAGUUAUUGUUAAUAUGAAGUCAAAUCUAUGAUAAUGGAAAAAUAAAAUCAACAGUUUAUCCAGUAAGGUUGGCAGAGAUGACAUCAUAGAGCAGGAAAAAGUUAGUACAACAAAUAUAUAUAAGGUUUGCAUGAUGUGCUACAUGAAAAUAAAAUACAGCAUAAAUAAGACAAACAUAAAGGAAAGACAAAUGCUUAAUUGGCUUAACAGUUGAUAAAAUUUUAUGAAUCACAAUAUAUUGUAUCGUAAUGCUUACUGUAUUGCAAAAUGGCAAAAAUCACAAUAAUAUUGUAUUUUGGCCCAAGUGUCGUGAUAAUAUCGUAUUGUUGGGCUACUUGUGAUUCCCACACCUACAGAUAAGUGAGUCUUUUUGUUCUUGGGUUCGAUCCCAGUUCCUGCUGUCCACAUGCUGAAGUGUCCUUUGACAAGACACUUGACCCAACCUGCCCCCACUGGCUGUGCCCAGUAGUGUAUGAGUGGGAUUAGUCAAAACUGAUGGAUGGCUAAAUAAAGAGCUGUAUAAACAAGUUCCAUUUACCAUUUACUUUUCUAAAAUGGCAAACUGUUAUUGUAAAUGAAGCCUUACUUUUUCUGGUUCCAACUGACCUGAUUAUGUUUUGAGAAAGAGUGUCUGCCACUUUAAGAAACCCCCAGUUAUAAUCAUGUUUAUUGUAAUGUCGUGUUCAGCUUUUAGAGCAGAUAAUAGCUCAUUUAUGAGACAUUAGAGUCCCUUUCACUUACAGUUUCUAAUCCUUACAGUCAGUCCUAUAUACUAGUGACUGUUUCUAAUGAUGUAUUAUUAUGAAUCUUUUGCACAUUGCUCUCAAAAGAUUGUUCACUACACAUCCCCCACAACCCACAGUGUAUUGUGUGGGAUGGCAGUGUGUGUAGACAGUGUUCACUCAGCUAUAGUGCGUGCUGUGCCCCCGGGUCAGUCAUGUGACAGCGAGCGAUCUCCUCGUGUGAGCGCAGCAGAAAUGUGUGAAUGCAGCACAUUAGCAGCGCAGCACAAGCUCCGUCCAAUCAGCCUCAAUGUGUCCAUGUGUUAUUCAUUACUACUGGAAUCUGCAGCUCUGUCCCCCGACUGACACACAAACACACACGCCAUAAAUAAAAUUAGACUCGCCUUACCCCACACACUGACUUCUGCACCAAACCGAAUCGCACAUCAUGACAUUUAUGAAUAAAUCAUCUUCUCCAUAUCCAACCUGCACAUGAAAUAAAGAGACACUUGAGCUGCCCAGUCCCCUAAUAACCAUCAUAUAUUAUACAUUACCAGCUAUGCUAAUGAGGUCUUUCAUUAAUUACCACCUAUGUCUCUGUCAUUGGACUCACACUUCUAAAACACAGCACACCUGGUGUUCAUGUGAAUUUUCCUAUAAUCAGGAGGAAUAUCACACGUCCCAGAGAAAACAGUUUAUUAAUAUGCAAAUGUGCUCCUCCAGAUCUAAUUAGAUUAUGUAGUGUAUAGAAGGUGCCCUUGGUGUAACAAUUAAGUUCAUAUCAUGUUCGGUCUUGAGUUAUUGUACUUAUUACUAUGGGAAUACCCAAUGAAAACCCUUAAGACAAAAUAUAUCAACAAUGAUUGUCCUUGUGUUUGUAGUUUGGUGACAAACAUGAGUAUGAUUACAUUCACUUUUUUUCUGCUACUAGACAAAGAAUAUGAGGAGUCUGAAGCUGAACUGCCUGAAGUAUAAUCUCACUUUUUCCCAAAAAAUCACUUGCAUUUUAUUUUUCUGGUUAUACUGCUUUAAUUAUCAGGACAGCUUUGACACACAACGUUGGAAAUAGAGAGGACAGCAGAAAAUUGAGGCUGGUAGUCAGAAUAACAACUGCUGGGAUGUUGACCAUAGCCUCUGUAGCCUCCCAUGGAGCGCAUGCGUCAACCACUUAGCAGAACUGGCGCCCCAGUUACAGUAUUGUAUCGACAGGGCCACCCUCAGAGAGCUCUCUUCCUCUUCAAAGCUAAUUGACCCCACUGUUCAGUCCAGUUGGACAUAAAUAAAGUAGUUUCAAGUUGAAAAUUAGCAUCCAGCUCCAGAAGAUAACCAGCUCCCCGCGAUUACUGUUUAUCUGGUGAGGGGGCUGCUAGCUGAGCUGCCAAUACUGGCAGAUCUGCUUUCUUAAGUACUGAUAAGUCUUUAUCUAGUGGUUAUUCUUGUCUCUCCCAGAGACUUCGUGAAAGAUACAGUUUGAUUAGAGGGGCUGCAAGCUGAGCUUCCAAUAACAUACUCUGAGCUUGUGUGAAAGACUUUACUUGUGUUCUUUUACAGUGUUAAUAAUGGUGACAAACUAUUAGCUUGUGUUUUUUCCUUCACAGUUUUGUACUUAAAAACAGUAAAAACUCAAAGCAACAGAUCAGGUUAAUAAUCAGUGUCUCAGAUUCAUUGGAUGCUUUAAAAAGGGGCUGCUAGUUGAGCUGCCUCUGUCAUCCAAAAAGAUGGCGUUAUGUUAUCACUUUUUUUCACAGUUCUGUCACCUUUUGGAAAAUAAGAAGCUCCUUGACACUGUUGAUUGAUUUAGGAAGACAUCCACUCCCUUGACCUGUAUCACAAAAGAGGUUUACAGCAGAAGUGAGCUGGCUAAUACCCUUACAUAGUCUUUAUGUAGAAUCUAGAAACUGCAGACAAGCUGGCUUUCUUAGAUGAUUAGGUCUACCAGAAUGCAACACCCAAUCAAGUUCAUAUUACUGCCCCUGGCCUACAGGAGAGUGGGAACAUGAAAUAAUUCAUGGUGUUUGGUCUUACAAAGGUCAGUUGCUGUCAGGUGUAUUCUGAACCUCAACUUCAACAACUCUCUUUGUGUUUCUUGAAGGAUUCCUGUCAGAAGCCUGCAUGCUACGAGAAGACAGUCACCCUGACUAAGGAGCCCUAUGACUCUCUGGGUAUGACGGUGGCGGGUGGCAUGUCGAGCCGAGGGUGGGACCUCCCCAUUUAUGUCACAAAUGUGGACUCUGAUGGCGUGGUUGGACAGGAGGGCUCCAUCCGUAAAGGUAAUAACUUGCAACAAUGUCAUGUUCAGCGCUUUUGUGCAGAUAAUUACUCAUUAAUAGGAUGGAGCAUUUGCUCUGUGUGGCUGGCAGGCUGUCAGGGAUUCAGUUUUGAUGAUGAAUACUUGGUACAUAAAGAGGAGGGUGAUUGAUGAACACUUAAGAUUCAUGUUUUAUUAUGAAGCUCAUUCAACCAACGGAGAAACUCAGCAGUGCUGCUGGGGUUCAGUGCUCCACAAAUUGGCUCUAACACGCUUAAACAAAAAAGCAAACAAACAUGAGCAGAGCAACACUCAGGACUUUUUGUGGAGCACUUAAUUAUUCUGUUAUAUGGAAUCAGUCAGCUCUGAAAUAGAGCAAAACACAGAGCUGCUCUCAAAUAAAAGCGGCAGUCUUUGUACCCCUGAAAUAUAGUUGAAGGUUGGCGAGUGAGAAGAUUCAGCCCCGACUGCUGAUUCCAGCACAUCCAUCCUAAAACAUUACCAUAUUAAGGCCUGCUAUCACUCUCAGUCCCCGUCUAUCAGGAUCUGUUUAUAAGAGGAAUGGGAGAAAUGCUGUUUGAAGCAAAAAGCAGCUGAAAUUAUGAGUAAAUCGUGUCUGUUUGUCCUGUGCACAGUUCAAGGUGCACAUUACUGUAUUCAUCCGGGGAGCCGCCGGCUGUAUUUGUGUGCUUAUGAAACAUGUUUUUAUUGUGAUGGAUUCUUCAUUUGCAUAUCAACACAGAGCAAAUGUGUCCUUUGAGCCACUUUCUAGCAGGCUGGGCUGAGCCGUCUGUUUUUCUUUACACACUUUCAUCAUUAGGGGGCUUUUUAAAGCACAGGUGGCGCCUGGUUCCCAUCCCUUUGUGUUGUAACUGGAAGGUUUUUGAAUAUUAAUCAGGCAGGUGAUGAGUCUGUCCUGUGAGGUCUUUGGAAAAGCAUUAAUGAGGGCAGAAACCCUGAACAGACGCUGAGCAGUACUGUGCUGUCCUCCCCUGCAGGUGACAUCCUGCUCAACGUGAACGGGGUGGACCUGACGGGGGUGACGCGAGGCGAGGCUGUGGCGAACCUGAAGAAUACUUCUUCCCCUGUCGUGCUCAAGGUCCUGGAGAUGCGCCCACCUGAAGAAAGCCUGCAGGACUGCGCACUGCCCCCGUGUCUUAUAUCCUCACCCACAGACAGCACCAAGAGCCCACUGCCCAACGAUGAUUACUCCCCACUGUGGGUGUCAUGGCUGCAGCUACCAAGGUGAGCACCUCUCUGUAUCUCACACAUAUUAUUCCUCUUUCUCAGUUUCAUUUUUCUAAGUCCAUUAUCAUUUGUACCCCCACACCGGUCCCUGUGACCUCUGCCAGCUGGUGCCAACUUAAAUGAUGACAGAGCCAGCUGGGAAAAGAAAGCUCAUUAUACUUCCUGACAAACUUUUUCCACUUAAAUAUUCUCUGCUGCUGUCGAAGUCAAACUUUCAAGUGUGAGAAACUUUCUGCUGGAUAGAAAAAUGUAUUCAUCUUCUCCGCAUUAGAAACAACAAAAAUACGAUCCCCCCGCAAACUGAAAUGAUUGAGUCUAAACUAAGUCGUGAGCCACCGUGGGGCUGUCGUCUGGGAUUUAAAUAUGAUUUUCUCACAGCCCUGGGUUAUCUUUAUGAGACUGAUAUAGAAGUCAUACCGUCCUCUUCAUUUCGCACCUCCAGGGAGGGAAAGUCUCGCCUUGGUUCAAAGAUUAGCACGGCCUUUGUCUUCAGAGCAGGGCUGGUUUCAGUAUGGAUAUGCAGCUCAGUAUAUACUGUACAACUUCAAGUUGCAGUGGAGAGAUUAGUGUUUUUAAUCUCUCUCUCUCGACUCAUGCAGGCAUCUGUACUGCUGCAAAGACAUCGUCCUGCGGCGGAGCACCUCGGGCAGCCUGGGCUUCAGCAUCGUGGGGGGUCAAGAGGAGGUCAACUGCAAUCAAUCCUUUUUUAUCCGCUCCAUCGUGGAGGGGACGCCAGCCUACAACGACGGCAGGAUAAGGUAUUUAGGCUACGUUUAUUGCCUUGAUGGAACAGUUUAUCAUAAAGGAGGGAAACUCAUCUGUUUUAUUUGAAUUGAUGUUCUGAUGAAAAAUAAUUCAUUUAAAUGUGAUGCAGUAAAGGCAAACAUUUACUGUUUCCAGUUUCUGUAAUGCAAAGGUUUUUAGGGGUAGAUUUCCCAGCAAAAAUUCAAAUCAUGACAAACUAAUUUGUCUAAUUUCUUGUAAAAAUACCUUUCUAUAUCUUACACCACCAAGAGAUUUUAGGAUUAGAGCGUAACAAUCUUCCUCUGUAUUUAGAAAGGUCCACAAUGUGCAGUUUUUGUGCAGCAGUGUAGGUCUUCAUUUGUACCUUUUUCUUUUUCUUUUUUUUGACCCAUGUCGAGUCUGUAACCUCUUUAGUUACCGGUACAAUACUUGAUUUUAGCCUGCAGUGACACUGAUUGCUUUGAGGCAGGUGUCAAGUCAUUAUCCAUCUGUCCAGUUAUCAAGGCCAAUCGCCUGUAUAACUACUGUUCAUAUUAACCUUCAGUAAUAAGUGAUGAAGUUAAGUUUUAGUUUUGUUUUUCUAAGACAGGUCCAGUUUUAAAGAGUGAAAUUUUAACCCACUAAUGUAGAUUCCAAUUCAACUUUAUUUAUAUGGCACUUAUUCAGACAAAAAUACAGUUCAAAGUGCCUCACAGAGGCUAAAAACAACAAUAAAACCCAACCCUCCCCCCCACACGUAUUAGUAUCUGUUAUAUAGGCCUCAUAAACCCCCCAAAAUUGGUAUCAGUAUGUGUCCUGAAAAACCAGUAACAGUCAACCAUUGCUGUGAGAAAUAGACCCUCUGCUGAUUGGCUGAUAAUUGCAUCACCAGCCCCUGCAGGUUUACAUACUUAUCAGUUUUAAAGUUUUAUUCUUAAAAAUAUUUUGCUAUAAAUUCAUGAGGGAGAAAGCUGUUAAAAAGUGGCAUCAUGAGCCUGCUUAGUGCUACUGUAGCAUGCUGUAAAGAGAAGCUGCUUCUCACGUCUUGCUCCUUGGAUCAUUACCAGAUCUCAAUAAGAUGCUGCUCUUGCAUUUUAUACUGGUGUAUUAGUUGUGGUGUGUCGAAAGAUUUCAACUCCUAUACGGAAAAUAAACUAUUAGAGGUGCAUCUUGUACAAUGAAUGUUAUGAUCAUUCAUGUAUUUUUGAUGUAAAUGAUUCCUGCUCAAACAUCUUUGUAACUAUUGUCACUCUGCAGGUGUGGGGACAUCUUGCUGGAGGUAAACGGGAAGAGCACAUGGGGGAUGACCCACACGGCGUUGGUGCGGCUUCUGAAGGAGCUUCGGGGGAGAAUCACCCUGACCAUCGUGUCGUGGCCGGGCAGCCUGCUGUAG